AGAUUCAAAUCUGAACACCUUACUUGCUGGUCCUGCUCCUCUCUUUCAGUCUUCAAACUCCAACUUCAGCGGUAUUAAUAUCGCCAGACUUGUCUAAUGUGGCGUUUUUGGCUCCGGUUGUGAUGGAAAUCGGCGAGGGCGACGAAGAAUUCCACUUUCUACGAACAGUGAGUCCGCCAUUUGUCAAAAAUGAAGGAAACGGCUAGUCAUUGGGUUUAGCUAAUAACUGUAAAUUUUGGCUAGCUCAGCUGACGUUAUGGGACAACUCUGAGAUUUACCGGUCGUAACCUAACUUUGCUCUGCAGAAGGAAGCUAGCAGUGACCCAAAUGUAAUGUUUUAUGUUUAAAAGACUUAAACUGAGGAUUUUGAGUUGUCCAUUGGGGUAUAGUGAAUGAAGACAGAGGAUACUUCUUAGUCUUCACAAUAAAAUGCUAAUGCUAUGUAAAUUGCCCCACUGAUAUAUUACCCAAAACAAGUGUUUAACAAAAGCUGGCUUCUUUAUGUUUCUCUUUGAUUUAAAUAGUAACUCAGAGUGAAAUGCUCCUACUAUAUAAUAAUAACUUUUAAUACAUUUAAUCUGUUCACACCCUGCAGUAGUUAACAGUAUUAUUCUGGUUUUUGGUUGGAUACUUGCUGUAAAGAAAGACCCCUAAGAGGCUCAAUCACCCUCACUUUGAGAUGCUAUCAUCAUUGUUCCUUAGUUGGACGCUGUCUCACUGCUUGUUAUCCUUGCUUUCUGAUAAGGGCAUGCCAUUGUGAGAGUGUCAGAUGUGGAUAUGACACAAACACAAUUGCUUACACAGACAGUGAUGCAGAGAGUUACUGAACACAGAUAUGUAUUGGGCAGAGACAUUUUGCUAUAGUCUGACAUUACACUUAGGAUUUCUGAGUCAUGCAUUGUUAAAUUAAAUUGAAGGUUUUCUCCUGGAAUGUUUAUAUUCUUAUGGUAAUUUUUCCAAAGAUCAAUGUUUAAUGUUAAGACAUGUUGUCAUAUAAUGUUGUAGGUGGUCCACCAUGACUAAAAAAUGACCACGGACAAACCACUUCAGUUUCAAAAUCAAUAUACUUCUUUGCACCCUAAUUGUGACAUACUUGCAUUUGUUGGGGCUUUUGACAUUUGGUGUACCAGUGUGUUAUUAUUUUUCAAAUGCACUAACAAGGAGAGCACAGUCCUCUGGCCGUCCAAAUGCCACAAAGUGCCUCAGAGUUGGACAGUGUGUUUGACUGAUUGCAGGCUACUGCUGAUAUGAAGAGUGGAAAGAAGGGUGAAUCAGAGGUCAGACAGUGAAGUGUCUUCCCAAUAUGGAUGUUUGCAGCCUGGGUACAGAGAGGUGUUGGUUGUCCUAGUCAGACUGUGAAGACCAGUUGUCUGUUAUCCGUCUCUAUAGUUCCUUAAAUAGAUGUAAAAAGCCUAAUUUAUGUAGACAUUGGAGAUAAUGAAGAUAAGAUAAAUUUAAAGUGCAUUACUUGUAGAGAUAAACCAUGUUUAGCUGAUAUAAAGCUUUCGGUUUUUCACGUACACUCUACAGGUUUUUUAGACUCAAUUAAUCACUCUGUAGUGACGCUUCAGCAGCAACAAAGAAAUUAGCAUGAAAAAGCAGCAGUAUAAUUUCUAAAUUGGUGGUUAUAUUUCAGAAAGAGCUCUUACCACGAUAGAAGUCAUCAGUUGAUUUGUUUGAGCGUCUUCCUUCUCUGCCAACCUGUAAAAUCUUUUUAGUCAUACCAUGGCUGUACUUUAUUUUUGUUUUAAAUGUCAAUGUGUUAAUGCUACACCCGGAGAAGUUCACACUCACUGCUGUCAUCUCUCUGUGUGUGUUUGUGUGUAUUUCUAUUCAAUUCAGGGAGAUGAGGUGGUGUUGCAGAGCACCUUCACCCACCAAGAGGAACAUGUGAAGCUCUGUCUUGCUGCGGAGGGAUUUGGCAGCAGGCUCUGCAGACUUGAGCCCACCUCUAACUGCAAAGUAAAGAUCUCUGCCUUAAGGAUGGCAAAGUUUUUCCCUCGCUGGCACUGCAGUCUGUUCUUCAAUUAUUGAUGUCACACUUUAUUACUCUUAAUUUGGAAUGAAGAAGAGACGGUGAAAAAUCUUGCCAAAAAUAUGCUCUAAAGCCCCAAAGUACAUAACCUAAAAUGAAUUGCUCUAUGUUCUGUACGUUUACCUCAGACUGAAAUAACCAUUUAUCCAGACACUCUUAUAUUAUAUAGUUUAAUUACAACUUAACCUCUCAUUCUUUAAAUCUUUUAGAAUUUAAUGAAUGACUGCUCACUGUUUCUGAAUAGAGCAAAAUUCUGAAUUAUUAGUCUUAAUGUUCAAAUAAUUAAUCACUACUAAUCCAACUUUUCAUUGAUAUAUCAUCAUCACAUUUGAUGUUUAAUUCAGAUUUAAUAUGUUUCUUACUUAUCAGCCUAGUAUCUUUUAAAUAAUCUACAACAAUUUUUCUCAUCUUGUGUGAGAAGUCAUCUCCACAUUUGGACCCUCAUCAUCACUCAGCAGUGGUCCUUGUCACUGCUAAUUGUACUGUGAUCUGUGAAGAGAGUAGACAGAGAUAAAGCUGGACCUAUUAUCUCGCUCUGCUGUCUUUUCGUUUGUAACAGAAUGUUCCUCCAGACUUGUCCAUUUGUAGCUUUGUCCUGGUCCAGUGUCUGUCUGUGAGGGCACUGCAGGAGAUGUUGGCCCACAGUGAGCACCUUGCUGCAGAGGUGAGAAUCCUCUUCCCUUCCCUUCUGCUCCCCUCCUGUCCUGUCCCGUUCUGUAUUUUAACACUCUCAGGAUUAUGUCAUAGUGGUGUUUGUUCUUUGAUUUGGCAAAUCAAAAUGGAGGUUCUAGUGUAAACUGAUCUUAUGUUGGCCUUAUGUAGGUAUGUAAUGAUAUGAAAAUUUAACAUCACGAUUAUUGUGACCAAAAUUAUCACGGUUAUCAAUAUUAUCAUGGUAUUGUUGAAAUAUGUUCAUAAUGUUUAAAAAGUAUUUAUACAUGCCCUGACAUCAAAAUAACUCACAGACUGAACUUUUCCUUAACCUUGAAUAACAGAGAAAUGAUAAGCUUAAAAAAUUUAAGAUGGGGCCUUAAAAGAGCCAGAGGUGAUCAACACUAGUACUAGUAAUAACAAAGUACAAAGUAAUGUGCCAGUGGCAUAAACAUUAACAUAAAAACAAAUAAAUAAAACUUAAAUAAAAAGACAUUCCUUAUUGUGCAAAAUGUAAGAAUCUUAAGUGCUCAAAAAGAUCUACUCUUACAAAUAUAAACCAAAGCAACACUACUGUAUGAAACAAAACAACCACAUUUAAACAAAUGUGAAGUGCAGGUGUUGAAAAUAACAUAAAAUAUGUAAACAAAUCAAAUUAACCACACUGAUUGUCCGUUUUCUCCAUCAUAAGAUGCUGCUGCUGACUUUGCCCACUACUUGUGAUUGAAAUGUAAAAAUGUCAGGAUAUUUUCCCGGUUUGAGUAGUGAUCUGUGAGGGGAAGUGAUGUACCCGCUGGCACUGAAUAACCUCUCAGAUGGCACGCUGGUUGCCGGGAUGCACAAAGCUUCCUUGCAACCCUUUGUAGAAGCCGAAAUAUGCCCAGACUUCAGACUUUGUUUUUUUUGACAGCCAAAAAAUCUCUACAACACGGUGGCAGAACUGCCCACAAAACUGCCCUCUGCCAUGUUUACAAGUUGUAUACUGCGCACUGCGCAUGUGUGCGGCGCAUCAGUGUCCGAAGGAUUGCUGUGUGCAGCUGCACUUCUUAGCACUGAGCAGUCUGUGAGCUUUUCCAGAGUUCGGCAACCAAACACGGUUUUAACGGUAAUUAAAAUUUGAAACAGUAGUACUAACUGUCAGACAUUUUACCGCAGUUUAUCAUUUUACCGGUAAUCGUUACAUCCCUAGUUGGGCUUUUUUUUCAAGAGAAAGUAAGAUAUGCAGUAUAUUAAUGUGUCUAUCUGCUAAACUGAUGACUGUUAAACUAUGGACCGUGACUGAACCUCUGAGACUACUAUAGAGGAAGGAUGUGAGGAUGAGGAGGACUCAUCUGAAGCAGCAAUGUUUAUUCUGACCUUUGAGACUAACAUGUAACCAAAUGUAAAAGCAGGGCACUAUAAUAAAGAAAUAAAAUAAAAUACAGAAUUUUUUAUGAUAAUUUAUUCCUAGUUAGAUUUUAUUUGAUUAUCUUUUGUUAUAAAUGUAUCAUUUUUUUUACCCCACUGUAUUUCUUUUCUUUACUGUUUUUUGAUGCUUAUGUGUUUGUGCCUCACAGGUCGGAGCUGCAGGCAGCCAACGUACCCUCCUUUAUGGCCAGGCAGUGUUGUUACUUCACUCUAACAGUGGAAUGGUCAGUCAUCCUAAUUUAAUGCGUAAAUAAAAUAGGAGGUCUCUGUCUUUUUUUUACAGACAGAAUAUCUUUUGACUAACUUAAAAGAUGGAUUCUAAUUUGUACCUGUCUUACUCUCCACAUUUGCAGUAUCUAAGCAGCUUGUCUUCAUCUCAGUCUUCAACUGAUAAGCUGGCUUUUGAUGUGGGUCUGCAGGAGGAUAAAGCAGGUAAUCGGUGCUGGGCACUAUUAGACAGUUAAUUAUAGUUCUUAUGAUACUUAACUUUUUAAAUAUCAAGCUCAUCUCCAAAGUUCUCUGCACUGAUUUUGAUUAAAGUCUAUUUUCAUUUAUACUGGUGUAACUUUGAAGCAUGUGGAACAUUGAAAACUCAGUUUUGUAAAUUUUGUUUGUGCUCAGGUGACGCAUGUUGGUGGACGGUUCAUCCAGCAUCCAGACAGCGCUCUGAGGGUGAAAAAGUGCGUGUUGGAGAUGAUCUGACAUUGGUCAAUGUGUCAUCAGAGAGAUACCUGGUGAGUCCGUUUUUAGGACUGAAUUUGGGCAAGUUGGACUGCAUUAAAUUUUAAUCAACGCAUACCUUUUACUUGUUUAAAAAAAAAUAGCUAGAAACAAUUAAACACAUUAAAUUAUUCAAUUUAUCUGUAGGUUAAUUUGAAUAAUGUUCCUUUCUCAUUUUUCUUCUGAGCUUUAAAGUUUCAGAAAAAGAUUAUUUGUAUUUCUGUGAUUCAUCCUCUUCGGUUUCACUCAGUUGUUGUUGAUGAUUGUUUUCCCAGCCUCUGAUGAAUUGUUAAGCAUAAUUGUUUGUGAUAACACCUAUUUACAUAAAUCAGGAGAAAGAUCACAAGCUCUAAUCAUUGUUUAUUUGCUUAUUUAUGUUUGAUUCACAGAUUUAUAUUCCACACACAAAUUCACAAAUACAUCCUGUUUCAGAAGAAUCCUUAAAUGCCUUCAGAUGUAUAUGUAUAAACUUUUAUGAAAAUACUCUUUAUAAUUUUAUAAUUUCAUUCCCAUAAACAGGAAAUAUCACUCAUUCUAUCUGUGAAUUAACCUAAAUAAGGAAGUUAAGUCUCAGUCCAUUUUAUAACUCAGAGGAAUAUACAGUUUGUUUUUUUAUUCUCUGGGACAUCCAAAAGUGUUUCCAUGAAAUGUUUAGGUGAAUUCACAUUUUCCAAACACAGCUCGGGUUACGAUUUAAUGAUGGAGUGUUCAAGUAAUCCAUUUCUACCCCUAAUCAAAUCCUUCUACAGUGUAUGAAGGUGUCUGUUAGUUCAAGAAUCUUUUUAAAACUUCAUUUUGUUUUCCCAGCACUUGUCCCUUGGUGCUGUUUUUGACAACAAGAGCUUGAGUGACAGCCUGAUAGUUAAUGCAGCCUUCCAGCAGACUCUCUGGAGUGUUGCACCCAUCUGCUCUGGAGGUGGAGUUGCCCAAGGCAAGUUUUCUUUCCUCUUCUGGUUUUUAAGCAUAUUGAAAGCAAGCAGUCAAUCUUCACAAUUUGACAAUCCAACUGACAUUUCCAUCUUGGAAAUUUGGUUUUUCAGAGAGGUAUUCUGACCACAUAAAAUAUCUCCUUUUUUUUUACGGCUUCAAAGAUGUCUUUCAAUGGACAGUAUGUGUUUGUCCCCGUUGUAGGAUACCUCAAGGGUGGAGACACACUGCGACUACACCACAGCCAUAGUGACGCGUGUCUGACUAUUCCGUCCACAGAACAGGGCGAGGAGCUGCAAAGGUCAGUAGGAAACAUCAGUCUCCUCACGUCAUCUAAACAAAUCAUCCUUUACUUCUCUGAACAUGUCUGUUUUCCUAAUGUAGGGUAAUGCAUUAUGAGAGCGGAUCAGUCUCUAUUCAUGCCCGCUCUCUCUGGAGGUUAGAGAUUCUGCGUGUGGUGUAAGUAUGAAUAAAGCUAAUCAGGAUUUCUAUUUCUAGCUGUUAACCGACCCUUGUUGACUGAAUAUUAACCACCAACUAACCAAGUGUAUGUAAGAAAGAGGCAUGAACAAUGAUCAGAGAUAUUAAAAUACAUGAGGGUAGUAGAUUGUAUAAUAUGUCAUUUUUUAUUUGAUUUAUUUUCUCCACCUUGUUUAGUCUUAUGUUUCACUUACAUCUAAAAUACCUUCACCUUAUCUUGGGUGUUGACCAGGGGUGUGUCCAAAGUGGUGCCUGGGGUGGACAAGGGAAGUGCUCAAAUAAAAGCAAAAUUUGCUUUCAUGCUUUAAAGUCAAAAGUUAUUGGGAAAAACACCACGUUUUGGAAAUGCUUUCAGUAUGUGAUUUGCAUCUUUUUUAGUAUAUAAAGACAAAAAAACAAUCCACCAAUGCCUCACAGUAUUUGAUUGUUGAGAUCAUCGAGGGAGUCUAUAUCUAUUGCACACACUGCUGCCUGCUGGUCUCUGCCAGCGUAGGGUCCUGAAUUUCUGUCUGCUGUUUCCCCCCACUGAGGCUGUACACGGUUGUUUGAGACAAAUUCAAUAUCUCUGCCCAAAAUUGGAUUUCGAAUCGUGGUCCCUGCUCACUCCCCUGCUAUUUCCAAAACAAAGACACCAAAUGUUAACUGCUCAGCGUAUUUUAAAGGAUAAAAAACAAAAGAAAAAAGAAUGGACUAUGUUGUGUUUCUUCAGAUGGAGUGGUGGGCACACCUGCUGGGGGCAGGCUUUCCGACUCUCCCAUAUGACCACUGGGAUGUACCUGGGUCUUACUGAAGAGAAAGGCCUGCAGCUGGUCGAUCGGGGGAAGGCUGACGUCGAUACAACCUCCUUCUGCUUUAGAUCUUCCAAGGUCAGGAGUCACACAAGAAGUAGUUUGAUCUCUUUUUAAGCUUUCAGCGGUCAAUAUAUAACCUUAAAGGUCAGCAGUUUGCUCCAAGUAACGACCAAAUGAUGACAUUUGUUAUCAGAGAAUCAAAUCUGGUUAUGUAACAAUAGAUUUUGGUCUAUAGGAGAAGCCUGAGACCAGCAAAGAGACUAAUGUAGAAGGCAUGGGAAUCCCAAGGAUCAAGUAUGGGGACUCAGUUUGUUAUGUGCAGCAUGUAAAGUCUGGGCUCUGGCUCACCUACCAAGCUACUGAUGCCAAAUCUACACGCAUAGGAGUAGCCCAGAGAAAGGUAAAACCUUUGGAACAUGAUCAUUUUGAGUUAAAGCUUGAGGCUCAUUUUACACACCGACUACUUUAAAGAGCUUAAAUGUAUAAUUUUGUUGAAUGAUGCUGCCACAUAGGAGUAAAAUCAAUAGGAAAAUGACUGCGAGUGAUGUGUUCCCAGGCCAUUUUACACAGUGAGGGUCACAUGGAUGAUGGACUGACGCUGUCUCGCUCUCAGAGGGAAGAAUCUCACACAGCCAGACUUGUACGGAGCGCAGUUCUUCUCUUCAGUUUCUUUGUCAGGUACCGGAUGCCAGACCUUCAGCCACAGUCAUUCCUCUACACUUGCACAAACUUUCUUGAAAAACCAGAACAUUUCAGUUCACCAUGUUGAUGCUAGCAUGCCUCCAAGAGUUUUGGUGGUUAAAAAAAAGAAAGUUCUUUUCCUGUCAUUACUGAUGGAAAACUUGGAAUAACUUGUGGCACACACAUUUUAAACUUUUUUUUCCACUUUUAAAAAUAAAGAAAAGGUUUUUGGUUAAUAUCUGAACAUGCCCCCCAUCCAGCACCACAUGUAUACAGUUGUAGAGACUCAGUUAUUGUCUUUCUUUCUUUCUUUCUAGUCUGGUGUUUUUUUCUUACUGUUGCACUAUUACCCAAUAUGUUCCUUUGUUUAUUUAAACAUACAUUUACAUGUACAUGACACACAGGAAACUGGAUGGUGCUAGUCAAAAGGAAACCCUCACACCUGUCAGUCUGCCUGUGGAGAAAGUUACUCAUAGUCUUCAGGAUCUGAUCACCUAUCUCCAGCCUCCUUUGGAGGGACUGGAACAUGAGGCUAAACAGAACAACUUGGCAGCACUGAGGAAUCGGCAGAACAUGUUUCAAGAAGAGGUAAUUGAUACAUCUGUGAAUUAACGAGUCCUACGUGUGAUUUUUUUUGUGUCACUUUACAGUAUAAUAAUAAAUAUUCCCUUUUGUUCUCAGGGUGUGAUGGAUUUAGUCCUGGAUUGCAUUGACCAUUUGCACCAAUAUAGCAGCGCUUCUCAUUUUGCUGAGGCUGCUCAGAUUGACACAGGAGAAGAGUGGGAGACUUUACUGAACUGUUUCUAUGAACUCUUAGGUGAGAAUGAAGCGAGUUUAACUUAUCACCUAUCUGAGAAAUAAACUGUAAUUGCAAAACUUCUUCUAAUUUAUUUCAGAUGAAUUAGCUGUGUUUUCCUCAGUGCCUUAUUGUGAAUCCAGAACACUCUUCUGUUAUUUUUAAUUUCCUUUUUUUUCCCCCUCAGCUGCACUGAUCAGGGGAAACCGUGUGAACUGUGCACAUUUUUCAGCCUCUUUAGACUGGCUUAUUAGCAAACUUGAUCGACUGGAAGCCUCAUCUGGUUAGUGGAAAUAGUGGCAUUUCAUUAUCUAUAUACUUUUUACAGUUUUUCUUUACAUCUGUUUGAUUUUUUUUAUUCAGGGUUUUUAUUAUGAUCUUCAUUUUUCCGCUUGUACACUGUCAUGUCAUGUGCAUUAUUUCUAACAUGUUAUAUUUCCCCUCAUUCCUAUAAAUAAGUUUGCUGUCCUUUUAUAGGAGUCUUGGAGGUUCUGCAGUGUGUCCUGGUAGAAAGUCCAGAGGCACUUAACGUCAUUAAAGAAGGGCACAUUCAUUCAAUCAUUUCUUUCUUGGAUAAGCAUGGAUGUAACCACAAGGUAGUACUUUUUAGAGCAGUGUGAAAUACAAACUGAAUGCUUUAACUUUAGAAAUGAAGUGUAAAAAUCCUUUAUAUUGUGGGAAUGACCUGGUGUCACUGUCUCUAUAAUCCAGAAACACGGAAAAGUUACUGUGACCCCCCCGUAUGAAGUGCUGACUGCCUGUGUUUCAGGUGCUGGAGGUGCUGAGCUCUCUUUGUGUGUGCCAUGGUGUGGCAGUGCGAUCCAAUCAGAACCUCAUCUGUGACAACCUGCUGCCAGACAGGGACUUGCUGCUUCAAACACGUCUGGUUAAUCAGGUCACCAGGUAGAGUUUAAAGUGAUUUCAAUCAACAGACUUCUUUAUUAUGUCUGUGGUGGAAUUUUAGUGUCGUCCUCCCUCCCCAUUUUAAAUUCUGUCUAAUAUUGUUUAUCACUUCACACUCACAUCAUGCAGAAGUACUUAAAUAAGACGUAUCCUCUAAAGCAAUAGAUCACAUGCAAACAAAGUCUGUGAUGCUUGAAAUUCCUCUUCCAGUGUUUUUUAUCCUUACUUGUAAUCACUUUAUCAACCACUAGUCAUGAGAGCUUCUUCUGAUGCUUCAUUAUGAAUUUCUUUAGCUGAGCACUGCUGGUUGAUUGCAGAGAGAUCCCCGCUCCAGACCCUGGUUUCCUAUUUAUUAGUUUACCAUCUGUAAUUCUACCCCCCUCCUUCAAACAAGAGGCUCUUCGGGAAUCUUCACACUGCAGCACUCCUUUUUCUUUUCUGGAUGCGAAUAACUGAGGAAUUAAUUGUCUCCUCCUCGAGUGUCCUCUCUUCAUUUGCCGCACCAAUUCUUUUUGUCAAAAUAGAUCAGACCACAAUGUUGCAGCACAAAUUUCCAAAGUCAUGCACAUGCUGCCAGACUCCGUCAGAUUGAUUUUAUUAAAAUUUAAAGAUAGAAACAGGUAUUUUUUCACAUCAUGUACAAGCCAACUUGUUUAGAUAGAUUUGUCUCAGUCUGACUGCACUGGCCCUUAAAAUCAGAUUUCACACCUACCUUUGCAUUAUUGCUCAUCAUACGAGGAGGUUUCAAAUUGAGGGUGACUUUAGAUGAACUGAAUGAUGCUGCUAACUUUAAAUUGGCUUUCAACAAAGGGAGGAGCAUUCCAUGUACUGUUAGAUGAACUAUGACUCAAUGGCAUCCUUUAUAAAGCAUUUUAAGACAUUUUUCUCCUGUACAUGUUCAUAGUUUUUUGUUGUCCAGACAUAAGAAUCCUAUUUGCAAGAGAGCUGUCCAUACUGAAUGUGAGACCUGACAAAUAACUUUAUUUUUCUCCCCUGUACAAACUAUUGAGUCAGUCUCUCCCAGAGAAACUUCUAAAAAGUAGUCGGCUGUCCGAGAAAGUGUUACUCAACAGACUGAUUUUUUGACACAUUCCUUGGAAAUUUCAUCAUAUUUCAUGUUCUUCAGUCUCUCAAUAUUUUGGCCCACUGCGCCGGUCUGAUCUUGUAGGCAGUUUCCAUUUCCCCUUUUCUUUAGGCUGUUUUUCUUUUUCCACUGCCUGCCUUUUUUCCACUGAAGCUGCCUUUUCCCUGUGCUUUCCUUUACUACUGUGCCGAUUUAGCUUCAUGAGCCUUGUGGCUUAUUUUGUUCUGUAUUCUGUGGCUCUGACGGUCCAUUUCCCGGCUCCCCCUUUCUUCAUCAGUCAUUUCUCAUUCUGUCACUUUUACAUCUUGUUCAAUAAAUGUUCCAUUAGAUUACUUGCUUACUACGUCAUCCUUCCUUCCUUCCUUCCUUGCACAUUACAUUUUGUUUCUUUUUUUUAAAUCAUUGAUUGAUUCUGUCCUUUUUAUUCCAUCUCCUUUUAACAUCUUAACUGUGGUUUUGUCAUUCCCCCAUUUUUGUCAUCCUGUCUAAGUGUCUUUGUCCAAGUGAAAGCUUUAUCUAUACCGAAGACACUGUUUUGGUCAGACUCAGUGAUUGUGUGGUUCCUAAACCUUUCUAUGUUUGUGUUUUCAUAAUAUUGUUUCACAUCAUUUCUAGUAAUAUCAUUAAAACAAAAAAAGGCCACAGAGUACCAAACGCACUGAGUAAGUCAAGUGUAUUGCAUCUUAUGAUUAUGCUCCCUCUACCCCUCUGUCAAAUACCUUAUCUACAUUUUUCAUAGUCAUCCAUCAAUUUUUUAAACACAGUACUUUGUCACUUAUGUCAGGAUUUCUGAGGAGUGUUAAUGCUCCUCUGAACAUUGAUCUUUUGUGUAGUGAUACAUUAAAUUUAUUUCAAAGACCUCAUUCAUGUCUUUUAAAUCGACCACCUUUUUAUUCUCUUUGAUACACAGUUUGUUAGUGUUUGCUUCUCUCUGCUCUCUUCUCCAUCGCAGCAUGAGGCCGAACAUCUUCUUGGCUAUGGGGGAAGAUUCAGCUCAGCACCGGAGAUGGUACUACGAGCUCGUCGUGGAUCACGUAGAUUCCUUCCUUACAUCUGAGCCCACUCACCUGCGUAUCGGUUGGGCUUGCACCGACGGCUACCAGCCCAGGCCCACAGGGGGUGAAGGCUGGGGAGGCAAUGGGGUGGGAGAUGACCUGUCCUCCUACGGCUUUGAUGGACUUCAUCUUUGGUCAGGUGAGGAUGAGGUGCAACAAGAUAUACAAGCGCUGGAAUCGUCAGGAACCAGUGGAAGAAUUGCUUGCUUUUAUUUAUCACUCACACUGCACACACAACCACAUACAAUAUGACAUGUUUUCGAGAAUAGAAGAAAGGAAGUGGUUUCCCAGAUCCAGCUUCUGUCACAGGAAAGAUUUAUAAGCGAACAGUUAAAUUAUUCACCAACAGAACACUGUUUAAAUUUAGUCUCUACGUAUAAUCUUGAAUUCUUUAACAAGCUCAGUAUUAAAACUGAGCUUGCAUUUAAGGAACAUUCUGCACUCUUAUUACUCUGCAUGUUUUGGGGUUAAACCAGUUUAGAGAUGUUAAAAUGUUGCAAAUUCAGAUGAAAUAUUCAUGGGGUUCUAUUUUAAGUGCCAUUAAAAGCAUAUUAAAGCAGGGAUCACAGCCAUGCACAGGGCUAGAAACUCGUGCCCAAAAAUUGUGUGAUAGGAUACUGUUAGCCUCAAGUUUGACAGUAUCUUAAAAACAGACAGAGAAAUAAUACAAUGUACAUAUUAUUGUGUUAUAGUUACUUAGUUUUCAUUUUAAAUGACGUGGUUACUCAUUGAAUUUGCCCUGAUUACUUUUUGUUGAGUUGGAACCAAAACAAUUCUAAAAUGGUUCAUGGUAUAUGACUCUACGCUGUAUGUGUCCUUUGUCUUAGGCUCCAUGGGACGCAGAGUGAGCUCUCCAUUUCCUCACCUGCUCAGAAACGAUGAUGUGGUCAGCUGCUGCCUUGACCUCAGCGCUCCCUGCAUCUCCUUUCGGGUCAACGGUCAACCUGUGCAGGGCAUGUUUGAGAAUUUCAUCACUGAUGGACUCCUUUAUCCUGUGGUCAGCUUUUCUGCUGGAGUCACGUCAGUCAUGAAAAUAAUUAUUUUCCGCAAGAUCAUUAUUCUUGUGCAUUUUUUAGUUCAAUCGUUUGCUCUUUAGCAAUGGAAAGAAUCAAUCAAUGCUUUUCUUUCUGGCGAUCAGGGUCCGUUUUCUGUUUGGGGGAAAGCAUGGAGAGUUUCGCUUUCUGCCCCCACCAGGCUUUGCACCAUGUUCUGAAGCUCUGCUCCCUAGACUCAAACUAACAGUAGAGUCAUGUCAAACUUACUUUAUGGAUCUUGGAGAAGGAAAACAAGAGCUCAUUGGCUCCUUGGUACCAACCACUCCAGCAACUUUUACUCCCACACCGGUGGACAUCAGCAAAGUAAGAAUCAGCACUGAUUUUAUUGCGAUUUCUCACAUAUUUUAGAUGUCUUAGAGGUGUGUAUUUGGAUUUUAAAUUUCAAGAUAAAUAUGUUAACAGAUACAUAUAAUAUCCUCACCAGCCUGAAGUAAGUUCUGUACCAUGUCUAUGCAAAGUAAUUACUUUAAUAUGAUUAUUUCAUUAGGUGGUUUUGCCUCCACAACUGGAGGAUAUCCGAGAUAAAUUAGCGGAGAACAUCCAUGAACUCUGGGCAGUGGACAAGAUUGAUCUUGGAUGGAUGCAUGACUCUGUAAGACAAAUGAUACAAAUCAAUACUUGAAGCUCUUGAGAGGUUUAUUUAGUUAUGGAAGAAGGAAGGACUCACAAAUGAAAGAUAGCAUUUCUGUUUCAAUAGUUUGUCUUUAACUAUUAGCUGUAUAGAUUUGGAUGAUUUAGAUUGGAGGAUUAAACUAUCAGCAUAGAAACAGGACAAAAUCAAUAAAGAGAUAAGACAGUCUACAGAGGACGCCAAAAUCAACACAACCCAAAAGUUCCUCACAGGAUCUUGAGUUGGAUUGGUGUAUAAGCACAGACUUCUUCAUACAGUGUCUCUUUUUUGUUAUUUCAUGUGAGAGAAUAGUUCUUUCUAAAACCUGACGUAAGCCUUUACCGCUCACAUUUGUUUCAGUUUUAUAUUCAGUUUAAAAAGAUUAAAGCUCUUGUCAAAUCAGGUGAGAGAUGAAGUUAAGAGGCAUGAUCCCUGUUUGGUGGACUUCUCCAGACUGCCAGAGCAUGAGAGGAACCAGAUCCUCCAUAAGGCUCAGGACACCCUGAGGUGAGGUUUUCACUGCAUUGCGUAAGACAUUCCACAUUCUUCUUCUGCCUGAUUGUUUCAGCUCCCUUGUUGAAAACCAUUUUUCAGGAUUCAACCAAACAGUUUAAUCUUUUUAGUUGUGCUUGUGGUCAUUUUUUUUUUUUCAUGUUCACUGAGUGUUUUUUAUUUUUUUAUUUUUCAUUGGAGGACUUCGCUUGCUCUUGGUUUCCACGUGGGUUUGACUGAUCUCAGUGCUGAAGAAAGGGUCAGAUACAUGAGAGUUUCUGCCAAGUAUGUACAUGAUCACUUAAUCUGAUGUUUGCAGAAAGUAUGGGUGGGGGUUUAGUUAGCCUUGAUGUGGCCACCCUCCUUAGUUAUAAUUUUUGUAUACAAUCUUGCCACACGAGUCCAUUGUUUUCAUUUUGCCUUUCAGGUAUGAGCAGCCCAGUGGGUAUAAACCUGCUCCACUAGACCUGAGCCAGGUUUUUCUGAGCUCUGUCCAUGAGGAAUUGGCGAAACUGCUGGCAGAGAAUGAUCACAAUGUAUGGGCCAGAGAGCGUAUCAAGCAGGGAUGGACUUAUGGAGCUCAGCAGGUUUAUGUUUUGCAUUGUUUUCCUGCAUAUAGCUGUGAAAUUCCUGUGGGAAAUGGCUUUUUUUCUGUAAAAACAUUGUUUUUCUCAAAAAUUUUGGGUAGUUAUCUGAUGGAAAAAGCCUUUCCUGUUUGUUUUCUCACUCACAAUAAAGGAAAACUUGCAACACAGUUUGUCAACUCAAACAGAGAUUUAUUUUUUAACAGUUGUCCAUCAUUACUUUUUUAAUCUGCUAUUUUUAGGAUAUGAAAGCAAAGCGAAGCCCCUACCUUGUGCCGUAUAGCCUUCUUGAUGAAAGGAGUAAAAAGGUGGGCAUGGAAAGAGCCACAGAGGCUGUCUGUACCCUGUUGGCCUACGGUUACAGUCUGGAGACCCUCAACCAGGAGCAGAGUACGUCUCAAACCUGUCAUUAAUCUGCUGUAGCUUUGAUCAUUCAUCUUAAACACACAUUAGAGAAUGUGUAUGUACAUAGUCGUACUAAUGCAGAGCACAAGUUUCAACUCUCACAGAAUAUAUUCAAGACUGUCAACUUUGUUUAACAAAGAUACACUCACAGUGGGACUUGAAUGCAAAUCUGUUGUCAUAAAAAACAGAUAAUCGCUUUAUUCUUUCUCUUUGGUUUACAGCCAUGUUAUCAAGUCCAUGUCUUCUCUCUGUGGAGAAAGCCCGAGUGUUCAGACCAGAUAAAUCAUACGCUGUAACACAGGGAAAGUGGUACUUUGAAUUCGAAAUAGUGACAGCAGGGAAAAUGAGAGUUGGCUGGGCCCGACCAAGCUGUACCCCAGAUAAAGAGCUCGGCUCGGAUGACAAGGCGUAUGUCUUUGAUGGAUUUGAGGUAAGGAAUUUAGAUGUAACUGUACUUAUUGUGCCAUUUGUAAAAAAAAAAAAAAAAAGGUUAAUUAGCCCAAAAAUCAGUGUUACUUCGGUUUAACUCUUAAAUUCUUGAGCCAGAAAACUUUAGGAGGAAGAAUGUGACUUUUUGUUGCCUCCAUACCCCCCACUGACACAAAAGUUAGCAUAGGCCUGGGUCGGAUAGAAAGUCUAGAUUUGUUGGAAAAACUGUCAUGUUCUGACUCUAAUCAUCAGGAUGCUUGGGGAUAUUUUGGAGAGCAGACAGAGACAGGACUUUGACUCAAUUUAAAUUGGGCAGAAAGAGUCCAGCAAUACAUUUAUAUUCAUGCCUGUCUGUGUUGUUUGACAAACAAACACUUUUUAACAGCCAUAGCAGGGCGAAAGACAAGGCAUUUGGCCCUUAUCGAGACUUGAAUGCUAUCAAAUAAUGCAUUUUUUCCUUAUUUAAAUUGGCUUGACAAAAAAAAUGAGAGCUUCAGUUUAAGUGCUGCUAUAUAAGACAAAGGGUAUGAAUCAGCCAAAUGAGUUUAUUGGCAGACCAUCCUGUGCUCUUUUGACCUGUUUACCUAUUUUUCUGCUCCUAUGUUAGCCCCACUCUUUCUGUAUGUAUCUUUCAGGCUCAGUGGUACCAUCAGGGUGUGGAACCCCUGGGACGUCCAUGGCAGAGAGGAGAUGUGGUGGGUUGCCUGGUGGACAUGGCUGAACGCACUAUGAUGGUCACGCUCAAUGGAGAGGUGCUGUUUAAUGACAGAGGAUCAGAACUGGCUGCCAAGGACUUUGAAGUGAAAGACGGUUUGUGGGAGUUUUCUCUUCAUACAGUUCAGUGUACAAAUACUGGUUCAAAUUUUAAAACGUUACAUCAAGUUAUUUUUUAUUUAGGAGGCACUCAAAAUAAUCUCACAAGAACAUCUCACCCCCCAAAAAGUCUUAAAUAUAUUUAUCAGACUUGUAUUUAUUCCCUCUUGUCUCUGUAUUUCCCAGGUUUGUUGCCUGUGGUCAGUGUUGGGGUAAACCAGGUAGGAAGGCUGAACCUUGGCUGUCAAGCGGACACCCUGCAGUACUUUACAGUGUGUGGCCUGCAGGAGGGUUAUGAACCUUUUGCUGCGAACAUGUCUCGAGAUCCAGCACUUUGGAUGAGUUGGAGGCAGCCCCAGUUUACCUCCAUACGGCCAGAUGAUAACAACUUACAAGUAAGUUUACCAGACUGUAGCCUUUCUUUUACCUACCAGCUUGUUAAUGUUGAUCAAGCAUGUCGUAUGAUGCAGUAACUUGCUCAGUAUUUCAACGCAGGCCUCUGUUGAAGACUUGGUUGCUGGGGUUAGUGGUUAAUUGACAGGUCUGAUCCUGAAAAAUCUUGUUUAAAUCUCAUUCAAGGUCACCAGAGUCUGUGGCUCAGCAGAUUCCUUAUCCAGCCUAAGGGUUUCUCAGCGGUUGUUUGCGCACCAUGGUGGAGGCAGCGAGUUGGGCUUUUAUCGGCUCAGCAUGUCCAUUGAAUGUGCCGCUGUUCUGAAGAGCCCCGCAGGUGGCGUGCUUCCAGUGGCCUCCAACUCUCUCUCCCCGGGUUCAGGUGAUAUUACAUCAUACUCUGGUUGCUCAAGUUUGCCUCAGAGGGUUCAAGUGUUUGUGUACUAACUAAAUCAUCGGUCAUCACAGAGGAUCUGCAAAGGGUAGAAAACAAGUAACAUACAGUAAUUAGUAUUCAGAUGUGGAUAGUUGUUUGCUGCAGUUAUCCAGAUCAUACACCAUUGAAAUUGCUGAUAUUCGGCCAUUAUGUCCUUGAUGAGUUGAAGAGCUUAAGCUCCCCAGGGCUCCUCUGUAAUUAAUUCUCGUUGUCCUUUUAGGAAGGAAAGAGCAGCAGGAGGAGGUGGACUCUGACUUUGAAGUUUUGAUGAAGUCAGCCCACAACUUUGCCGGCUCUAGAGAUGAGCUUAACCACAAGGAUCAUAGUCACGACAAAACCUCGAGACUGAAACAACGGUGUGCAUUUAAACUUAAGUCUGGGUUAUCAUGGGUGACGUGCAUUUGUUUUCUGGAAAUCAAACACAUACAUGUAAAAUUAAAAACCAUUUGUAUUACGUAUUUUAGGAUCAUAAUUUCCAUACUUUUCUACCAGAUGAUUGAAAAGACAGAAGAGAUUGUUUGUCAAACAACCCAUUUCUUUCGCUUUCUUUACCAGGUUUUUGCUCAAGAGGACCAAACCAGGUCUAGUCAGCAGCAACUCAUCUGCACGCCUUUUGGAGGAUGUGGUCGUUGACAAGGAUAAUAAUGAUCACCUCAUCCAGAGCUCCAGGGUGAGGUUUUUUUUUCCUCUUAAUAUCCCAUCUCUUAAAAAAAACACAUGACCAGCAAAGAUAAAACAUGGAUCAACACUUUCAGCAGAAGUCAUGCCUAUUGACAACAACAGGAAACAAAAAGUGCAUUUGGACUCUGCUGCUUUAGAGUGCAAAAAAAUCAAUGUAUUUGCUUAGCAUGUUAAUGACAGUGACACAAACUGACCUCUCCUUUUUAGUAUUACUACUCAGUGAGGGUUCUCCAGGGUCAGGAGCCCUUCAAUGUGUGGGUUGGCUGGGUAACCCCAAACUUUCAUCAACAUGACAUGACUUUUGAUGCUGAAAACAUCCACACUGUGACCAUUACCCUGGGAGAUGAUAGUGGCAAAGUCCAGGAGAGGUUAGUAUUCGCUGAGAUAGCUGGAGACAUUUGGUGGCAAUUCUCAGUCAAAGAUGUUGCUGCAAUGAUUCCUCUCAUUCCAUAAAGUGUUUACAGACCAAUAUGUGGAGUUCUACUAACUGUAUUACAAAAAGACUCUUUCACUGUAGAAGGAAAUAACUAAAUAAAACCACAUUCAGCAAUGGUUUUCUUUGUCAGUGUGAAGCGGUGUGACUGUUACAUGGUUUGUGCUGGAGAGGCGACGGGCCUCUCUCGGAGUCGGAGGAGUGCCGGGCUUGAAAUCGGCUGUUUAAUCGACACGGCCACGGGGCUGCUCACCUUCACCUCCAGUGGAGUUGAGAUGGCCACCUUUUACCAAGUAGGUCAAACAAGAAUUAAUUUGAUUUGUUCAGCUAAUCAGUGAUUUUCCUUCUCUAUUAAUUUUUUAAAAUGUAGUUCAUGUCCUCUAAUCUAAAUUCAAUAUACAUUAAAGCUCUUUGUUACGCUUGGAAGUAAAGCUUAUUAAAGUCAUUACAGUGAAAAAAAGCUUGACGAGAAGGAAAGCAUUGUUAAACAAUUAUUCAUUUCUAAUCAGGUGGAAGCGAGCACAAAGCUGUUUCCUGCUGUUUUUGUGAAGCCCACCACCAGCAACAUGUUUCAGUUUGAACUUGGACGUAUUAAGGUAUUGGAACCUGAAUUAUUAAUCCCCUCAAAGAAUUAAAAGUCUGUUUGGAUUUUUUUUUUAUUCAUCUUUUUUGCAAUGUAGAGAAAAAAUGUAUUUCUAAAAGUUGGGUGAGCUGAUCUUGACAGAAUGUUUUAUUAAAAACUCGGUUGCAGCCCUCCAAGUUUGUGAAAGUUUCUGAAAAGUGUCUCGUUGUGUUUUAUUCCUUAGCAGUCUAAGAUAGUUUGUUUCACUGUCCCAUGUCUACUGUUUUCUUCUAUGGCCCAGAAUGUGAUGCCACUGUCAGCAGGUUUGCUUCGCAGCCAAAGAAGAAAUACUGCUCCUCAGUGCCCUCCGAGGUUUCAGGUGCAGAAACUCAGCCCAGUUUUGUGGACCAGAAUACCAGACCACACCCUAGAAGUGAUGGUGGAUCAGCCAGACGAGUGCCAUGGAUGGAGAGUCCAUUGUUCUAAACCUCUGCAAGUGAUGUCUCUUCAGAUCCCUGAUGAGAACAGGUUAGAGAGCAGGAGCAGAUUUUGUUUUUGACUCUGGUUUAGAGACGUAGGUGCUGUCUGUGAUAUUUUUGCCACUCAUGUCUCCUGUAUUUUGAAGCAGUCCACACCACAUGUGCAAAAUAACAACUUAAGUUUGAUUUUGAAAACCCAAAAAUGCUGAUAUUUUCGAUGUCUAGGUGUGUUGACAUUUUGGAGCUGUCAGAACUUGAGGACCUCUUGACAUUUCAUCACCACACUCUCCUCCUCUACUGCUCUUUAUGUGCACUUGGAAACACUAGAGUUUGUCAUGCCCUCUGCAGUCAUGUUGACCAAUCCCAGAUCCUUCAUGCCAUUCAGGAUCCCCACCUCCCUGGCAAGCUCCGCUCUGUAUUUUACCAGCUGCUCAUUCAGGUAACUGCUUGUUUGAGCUGAGUAUUUUUACAUUCAUUGACAACAGUUCGAGGAAAAUAGCCUGAAAAGUUUUCUUGUCUCUCAGAUUCAUCUCAGCGGCUACUCAACGGCAUGCCUCUUGAUGAACCAGGAAUACAUUGUGCCUAUGACUGACCAGACCAGAGAAAUAACCCUUUGUUCAAGCCCUAUUAAUUGUGUCAGUGCAAUGAAUAGUCAACCUCUGGAGGGCUUUCCCAGCACUCAUCUCAGCACAUCCCUCAAACCACAGAUGCAUUUCUCCUCUCCUUGUUUUGUAAGGGCUGGUGGUUUAGAAGCAUUCUGCACAGACAGCCCAGAAAUCCCUCUGGACAUAUUGAAGAGUCUGACUGUGGAGAUGCUGACUGCUGGAGUGUGUGCUGUCGGCCAGGGUAUGAGGGAUCCUGUAGGAGGCAGCAUUGAGCUUCUGCUGGUCCCUCUAAUUAGACUUUUUUACACGCUGCUGGUUAUGGGGGUAUUUCAGGGCGAGGAACUGGGGAAAGUCCUGAGACUGAUAGAGCCAGGGGUCUUCUCUGUGGAUGUAGAAAUUCCUGAGGAGGAAGAGGAAGAAGAAGAGAGUGAUGACGAAAAAGAAUGUGAGGGGGGAAAAGAAAAAGACACUGAAAGUCCGAAACAGGGACUUCUUCAAAUGAAGCUUCCAGAAGCUGUCAAACUUGAGGUGAAGAAACCGAAUGACUUUUUUGUCCUGUCUUUUCCUUUUAUUCGUUAAAAAUUUGGAUUACCUGCAGAUAUUGUACAGUUUUAUUUUGGCUUAAAUAAUAAAGGAUUACACUUUUCUCUCCCCAGCUUUGCCAUCUGUUGUCCUACCUGUGUGACUGUCAGGUGCGACACAGGGUAGAAGCUGUGGUUGCUUUCUCUGACAACUUUGUCGGCCAGCUGCAGGAGAACCAACGCUUUCGUUACAACCAAGUCAUGCAAGCACUCAACAUGUCUGCUGCUCUGACUGCCCGCAAAACCAAGGAGUUCCGCUCACCUCCACAGGAGCAGGUCACUUAAUGAAAACCCAGUGUUUUGUUCAGUAAUCUUCAACAUGUACAUUAAAGCGAAAUUCUUCAAAAUUAAGAAAUGCUUUCUUGUGGAUUUAAGGGUUGCUUCUUGAUAGUUUAAUGACCUGUUUGCAGAUCAACAUGCUGCUGAGCUUCAGAGAUGAUGAGCAGCAGGAGAUCUGUCCCUGCCCAGUGGAAAUCCAACAACUCUUGAACAGUUUUCAUCACCUCCUCAAUACACACUGUGGUCAGGACACUUUUUAAAAAAAUAUUUGAAUCACUUAUGACAAAUUCAUGUAGAGUCAGGGAGCUAUGGAAAAAGCUUUGCGAAGUUCUGUGCUAUCAUUGCCACUGAGAAUAUCCUUUCGUAUUGGCGUGUAUUAGGCAUUGACGUGGACAGUGGAGCAGUGGAUGAAGAGGUUGCAGAAGUGUCUGUUAAAGAGCGGCUUUACAGCCUAGUGGCAAGUGUCACUGGGCUGAAGAAGACUCACAAAGAAGAGGAGGGGAGGAGGCUGCACAGUUCCAGUCAGUGAAUCUAUGAUGUGAAAGCUGUUCCUGUGUUUGGCUUGUAUAUGUAUAUACUAUGCAUUUUCCUGUGAUUGCAAUUGAUAACUUUGCUUGCUCUGUUAGUUUGAGAGAACAUGUGGGCUAACAACAUUCACUGUGCAGAAACAUAACGGAGAGUAAUAUUAAUCCUCCAUCAAGGCACAAUGUGUUGAAUAUGACCAGAGAUAUUUCUGCUGUGAGGGUCACAAAACCUUUUGUUAAAGAUAAAUGCAGUAAGGUUCCCCUCCUUUACUUUAUUCUCUACUUUUCACUUGUUGGUACUUCCUCAGAGUCCCUUAAAGAGCUAAUCUCUGAAACCAUGGUGCACUGGGCCCAAGAGACUGAAAUAGCGGACCCUCAACUAGUCAGGGCUGUCUUCACAUUGCUGCACCGCCAGUACCAAGGCCUCGGUGGCCAGAUGGCAGGACCUCUCAGCAGAGCCUAUACGAUCAGCCAGACUUCAGUAGAGGACACCAUGGCUCUCCUGUCCUCACUGAGCCAAAUCCGCUCCCUCCUCAGUGUGCGCAUGGGGAAAGAAGAGGAGAGACUGAUGAUCAGAAAACUGGGGUAAGAGGGAUUCAAAUGCAAUAAUAAGUGACAUGUUAGAGUAAUUUUAAUUGGUUUAUGUCUACCAAAUGUAUUGAAGUAUUUUCUCUAGCAUGAAUAGUAUUCUGACUGUUUUUUCUGUCUUUUUUUUGUAUUUCUCUAUGCACUGUUCACUGUUUUAUGCACAGAGACAUCAUGAAUAAUAAAGUAUUUUACCAGCACCCCAACCUUAUGAGGGCAUUGGGAAUGCAUGAGACAGUGAUGGAGGUGAUGGUCAAUGUCCUGGGAGAAGGUGAAUUAAAGGUGAGGAGUAAGUAAAAGUUAAUAAUGAUCAUUGGGUGAAAAUGUCUGUAGUCUAAGGAGCAGAAGACUUUUUUAUAAUUUGUCACUUUGAAAAUUAUCCAUAGUUCUUACUCUGAAGGAAGAGCUUAAAACAAAAGGAAUGUGUGCUAGCUGAUAUGACUUAUUAUUUGGGGCUGUGCUUCCUACUGUACUGCCACUUUAUUCCUAACAUUGAAUUUGCCAUCUUUACAUUCACAUAUGCAUUCUCUUUUUUAGGUGAUCACCUUUCCCAAGAUGGUGGCCAGCUGCUGUCGAUUUCUGUGCUAUUUUUGCCGCAUAAGCCGCCACAACCAAGGAGCUCUCUUCGAUCAUCUCAGCUACCUGCUUGAAAACAGCAGUGUUGGACUUGGUGAUUUUCAAUCUCACUUUUUUGGGUUCAUGUUGAAGUGGUUUGAAACGUUAAAAAAGUACACUUUAAAGUUUUAUACUGCAGGGCUCAGUUGUCCUGUCUGAUACAACUACUCUGAUCUUUUUUGAGAAGUAUUGAUCAGACUCUUCAGAAGUGUUUGCUAUUGAUUGUGCUGUUGUAAGAGAGGCAGUGCAUUCCCAACAUACAACACUAAAAGCUUCACUGAGGUGUCUCAGUAACUCAGAAGAAUACUAUCCAAUGAAUAGAAAUACAGACAUGUAUUCAAAUGUUAUCUCUCUUUUCUCAGAUGUUACUAUACAAUAAAAAACUUAAUGCAGCACAGAGUCUAAUUUCAGGGUUUCAUGACCUUGGAAGGUGCUUGGCCACUGUAACUCUGAUAAAGAGCUCUAAUUUCAGUUGCUUUGGAGUUAAUGUUCAUGUUGUUUUAUGCCUCCUAUUCCUCUUAGCUUCACCAUCAAUGCGUGGGGCCACUCCUCUGGAUGUGGCCGCAGCCUCUGUUAUGGACAAUUAUGAACUGGCUCUAGCACUUAGGGAGCAUGACCUGGAAAAGGUGAGUUAACAAUCUGUGCUCGCCUGAGUAAUGCUGUUAAAAGUCACCGUUAUGUAAUAUGCCAAUUUUCUUACUGCUUCCACACAGCACCAGUCUAAAAACCAACAUUUAAUAAACCCUGUAAUCUCUCCAUCUAACUCUUCCGUUCAUCUUCUUUAUGAGUCCAUUUCCUCAGAAGGGGAAAUAUUAAGACAGCAGAUACCCGAGCAUCCAUUAUUCUUUUUUCUGUAGCCCAUUAGUGGUUAAUGAAGAACCAAUCUAAUGAUCUCUCCAGGUGGUGCAGUACCUCGCCGACUGUGGUCUUCAGAGCUGUCAGAUGCUGGUGGCUAAAGGCUAUCCUGAUAUUGGAUGGAAUCCUGUGGAGGGCGAACGUUUUGUGGAUUUCCUACGUUUUGCUGUCUUCUGCAAUGGUAUUUGGGUUUUCAUUGCAUCUCAGAUGCUUUAGAAACAGAGCAGUGAGUACAAGUUGAAAAGUUAAAAAGGCACAAGAGGUUGCAUCAUUAUAUGCCCCCAAUUAAGUAAGGUUUCUGUGAUAGGAGUAAUUAACUCCCUGAUUCUUCAUCUAUUGAUUUUUCUUACUCUGAGGCAGUACCCUAAAGGCAUCAGUUCUCACUGCCCUUGACCUUGAGGGCGAAGACAGUUCAGCUUUGGCUUUCCAUACCAAGUGCCUCUUUCUGAUUUCAAUUGUAUGUCUAUGAGCUGUUCUUUUGUUGACCAGUAUCCCUUUAUUUGAUUUAAUAUCUCCGUGUUUAGCGAACAGAUUUUCUGGCCUUCAAUUUUGAUGAGAAUCCUUGCGAGAAAUAGUUUCUAAACAAACAAAACAUCUCCUGCAAUAUCUGUGUUUUGUCAGCCCCAUAAACCGCUAUUUUUUUAUAUUGUAUGUCUUCCUUGACCUGCAGGUGAAAGUGUAGAGGAGAAUGCUUAUGUGGUGUUGAGGCUGCUGAUCCGUCGGCCUGAGUGUUUUGGCCCCGCCUUAAGAGGUGAUGGUGGUGACGGUCUCCUCGCAGCCAUGGAGGAAGCCAUCAGGAUCUCUGAGGACCCUUCAAUGGAUGGACUCUGCACCACAUACCAGUCCAACAGAACACUGUCAGUAUUAGAGUUGAACAAUACCUCAGUUUUAGUGUGAGAAAGUGCAAACACAUCCCAACAUAGGCUUAAUAGUCAUAAAAGUUGUUCUAUGGGCGUGGAGCUUUUGUAUAUUCAGUCGUUAAGACAACAGAUUGUGAUUUAGAAAUAUUUCAGUGAGGCUAGGUGCAUGGCAGUUUAGUGAUUUAGAGACAAGACUGAUAAGAAUACGCCAGCGCACACUUUCUUUCUGAGUAUCUUUUUAUUCUCCCUCUGCUUUGUAGCUUUAGAGGCAUUUAAAAGUUAAUUUACCUCAAUCAGCUUUAGGAUACUUGUUAAGCCAGACAUGAAUUCCCUACACUCUGCAAACUGUAUCAAUUAGUAUUAUGAAAUACAAAACCAAAGUAAUGAGAUUUGUCUUUUUUUAAUAUCAUGUAUUCGUGACCUUGUUUCAAUUUUUUUUAAACGUAGACGGGUCAAAUACUUCAGCUGGUUACUUAAUGAAUCUUUUAAAAUCUAAUUUGAAGUGCAAACCUGUUCAGCUCUGUUUUCUGAGGCAUUUCUUUCGACUUUGAGUGUUUCCUGUCAGGAAAACAGCAUUUAUGCUCAGCUUACCUGGCUUUUGUAAGCAGAGGUUAAGUGAUUUAAACACAAAAUUGCAGUUUAAUAACCCAGCGACUCUUCAAAAUGUGUUAUUCAUGGUGCACUUGGAAUAAGAGCUGGUAACUAUCAGUCUGCUCCUCUUUUGAUAUUUGCUGUUGGAGCGUUUCAGAGAAACUUCAGAUCAUUUGAAAUUCAGAGGAGAGUCCCUCUCUCUCGCUUUGCUAAUUGGCAGUUUCAUUUAGGAAAAAUCAAUUGUUUGAUUCUGCUAAAACUCUCUAAUGAUUUAUUUGGGUUCAUGACAAGCAUCUGACCAUCAUGAUUGUUUCCUGUAACAGAGACGUGGUCCAGGACAGUGAUGAUGACCUCAUUCACAUGGGGCACGCCAUCAUGACCUUCUACUCCGCCCUUAUUGACUUGCUGGGCCGCUGUGCUCCUGAGAUGCAUGUGAGUGUUUCUCCAGUUCCCAGCAUCAACAGCCACUAAUGUCUCAAAUAAGGAGGUAGGAAAGAAAGAGAAGGAAAACUGUCGCUGGUCCUCAGACAAGAAAACAGAAACAUUAAUUUUCAGGGACUAUAAACAGAUACACCAAUUCAGUAUUCAUCAGACAAAACAUAACGACGAAUGUACUUACCCUGGAUUUACAGUACAAUGUAAAUGCAGUAUUUAAGAGCUAAAAAUCCUCAGCCUAGUGAGCAUGUUACAACGGCACUGAAGUGCAAAGGCAAAACAAGACAAAUUAAUUUUUGUGUGGUAUCUGCCAUUACAUUACAAUCCGCCAUCACAGAUCCGCCAACAAUAAGCUGUUGAAAUGCAAGACGAGCCCAAAAGAUGUCCACGCUAAUUCUAUGUCACUGUAAAUGUCUCAUGAUAAUGUCCCUGUUGUAAAUCCCAGAGUUGUAAAUAAAUGACCGCUCACAAUGUUUUUAAUUGUUGCACAGUUGAUUCAAGGAGGCAAAGGAGACGCCAUCCGCAUCAGGUCCAUUCUGAGGUCACUCAUCCCCAUUCAUGAUCUUCAGGGAGUUAUCAGCAUCCCCUUUGAAAUCCCCUCAAUGUCUAAAGGUGAAAUGAGCCUUUCAGCCGACCGCACACUGAUCCAGAUUGCAUAGACACCUGGCCUGCUUGCUGUGGCAGCUGACUGUUUUAGACCAGACACUUUGUUGUAACAGUGUUCCUUUGACUCGGUUGUCUUGUCACCAUCUGCUACAUCAUUGUCAAAAUGGUUGAGUCUGGACUGAUGAUUCACAAGCUCACAUAGACAUGGAUCAUCAUACAAAGUGUGUAAAGAUACAAUUGUUAAAGAGCCUUUCAAAUUUUUACUUUUCCCCUUGUUUAUCUAGAAGGCGAAGUGGUUGAGCCAGACCUCUCUACUGUGUUCUGUCCGGACCACAAGGCAGCAAUGGUUCUGUUCCUGGACCGUGUUUAUGGCAUCGAGGACCAGACUUUUCUUCUUCACCUUCUGGAAGUUGGCUUUCUGCCUGACCUUCAGGCGGCUGUGACUCUGGACUCUGUGAGGAGAGAUAAUUGUAUUUUGCUGCCCUCUUCACCUGCAUGUGACACCCAGUACAGCAUCACAGAAAUGACCUGUGACUUUGUACUAAUCCAAGCUGCAUCCCAUUACCACUGAAAAGUAUCAUCUGCCUGUUUGGCAGCAGGGACAGCUCACAAAGGUAUCUGAAUAUGCAGGAGUUACUGUCCUCCACAAAGUUAGAUUACUCUCUGAACAAUACUGCAUAUAUAUUUUCAUGUUAUCUAUAGGUUGUUUUUCUGUUUGUAUGUUUAAUCUGCGCACCUCCUCUUGACAUAUUGAGUCACGUCCUCCAUGUCCUCUUGCUGCCUCUGCACUCCCUAUGUUGGUAAUUGGAUUGUGAACGUGUAACCUCUCUCCUUUUUACUGCAGGCUAAUUUGGGAUCCACUGAUAUGGCCCUGGCCCUCAACCGAUACUUGUGUACAUCUGUUCUUCCCUUACUCACCAAAUGUUCAGCCCUCUUCUGUGCCCUGGAGGACCAUGCCUCAUUGGUGGAUUCUCUUAUCCAGGCAAUCUACAACCUCUCCAGAGUCUUCAGCCUGACAAAGGCUCAGAGGGACACAAUUGAGGAUUGUUUAUUAGCUGUGUGCAGGUAGUUGGGUUUAAAGAAUCCUCAGAGUUCAAGUUUUGUCUCCAGUCAGCUGUAAUUUUAAAGAUUUUUUGCUCUUGUGUUUUAGUAUGUUUCUUUUUUUGCUUUUAUUCUUAAUGUUUGAAUUGUGGCACAAGUCUACUAUAAACAACCUUGCUUCACCCCUAUAUUUUCCAUUUGACCAAAUUACAUUCUAAGAAGAUGACAAACAUAACAUGUCAUGUAAACUCAUGCUGACACAUCAGUGCAAUCUUUUUCUCACUAAUUAUAACAAGUGAAUCACUUAACAGCCUGUUUUUGCCUGAUUCAGAUUUAAUCUGCCAAAUUUAAUCAAAAUGUUAGAUUAAUUAACAUCAUGCCCAAAGCAUAUUCUCUGUUAUUUGUCUUGCUUUUUCUGAGAGAUUGUAGUCACCCACAGUGUUACUCAUGUAUGCGUAUGUGUGUGUCUGCUCCUGUGAUUAAUUCUCACUGGUGUCUUCAGUAAACUCCAGCCGUGUAUGAUGCAGCCUCUUCUCAGACGUCUGGUCUUCGAUGUUCCCCAGCUCACAGACCACAGCAAGAUGCCGUUAAAGGUAAAUAAAGGCUUUAGUUUUAUAAAUGUUACAAAGAAGUAAUGAUGAAUACUAUUGACUCUUGCGGUUGCUUUCAUCCAUCAGCUCUUAAACUGUCACUAUGAGCAGAGGUGGAAGUAUUAUUCACUUGCAGGAGGGCAGGGAGACCAGAGCGCUGCCUCUGAAGAGGAGCUACGGCUUUCAAGAAAGUUGUUCUGGGGGGUCUUUAAGGCCCUGGCAAAGAAGGUAAACCAUGAGGAAGACAGUUUUAACCAAGAAAUUACAUGAAGAUUAUUUAAAAAAUAUGUCUUUUAGAGCACCGAGAAAGUUCCUGGCUUCUAGUAAUGUUUUUUUUAAUUUUUUUAACAGUGUCAUUCCAAGGUUGACUUAGUGCCUCUUUUCUUUCUCAAGCUUCCUCAAAGUUUUCUCUGCAGAAACAGCAAAAUGCAUAUUUGAUUUUCUCCUUUAGUGUACUUCUAAAAGAGGAGAAGUGGAGGAAGAUGUGACACACUUGAGAUUGAGAAUUAAUUUUUCAUGUUCAAGUGCGAAGCCCUUCCUCCAAACAAAGUUGUUGGAAAUGUGGGACAUUAGCAAAAAAGCUGGAUCUUUUCUCAGAAAUCUGUGAGCGUAGGCUUACAAUGCACUGACACUUAUUUGACCGAUUCAAAACAUGAACACAUCAGAGAGCGCACAAGGUUGGUCCAGUCCCACUUGUGAUCCUCAUCAAACAUCCUCAAAUCCACAGUCAGCAGGGUUGAGAAUCGUCACAGCUUAUUUAGGGAAAAUUAUUACCUGUUAUUAUUAUGCUAUAAGCAGGCUUCUGUUAACAGUUUGCCUUGUUUCGCUUUUCUUUUUUCUGUUAGGGUAAGGAAUUGAAAGUGAUAGUUUCCGGUUAAUUUUAUGAUUUCUUAGCCAGUGAAGUAGGUUUAAAAACAAAGUUUCACAUGAUCACUUUCCUCCACAGAAGUGAUUAAAUUCAGUGGAGGUACUUAUUUCUGAAACAGCCACAAAAGGCUAAGCUUUCAAACUAAUUAAUUCGACUUCUCAAUCUGAAUUAAACAAACUGUUUUUCUCCUCUGCUGAAUAUUGCUCUGGCAGUAAACUCAGAAAUUUGCACGCUUUAGGAAAAGUCAAAGUUUUUCUUUGCUCCAAAGGACUCCGAUCCAGGCUUUAACAAAACAUGUGGAGACCCAAGGCCAGGUCCUAAAUUGACUGUCAUCUUUGCCAGAUUUGGUAAACCAGCUUGUUUAAAUGAGGAUACAGAGUACACCAGGAAAUUGCAGUGGAAAUAAAUUUGCUUUUAAAGGGAUAUUCCGGCGUAAGUUUAAGUCAUGGUCAAACACACCGUAACACAGAGUUAGACACCCCCCCGAGAGAUUAAUUUUGCUUCUCUAGUUAUACCAACUUCAGCACGACUGCUCGACAGCAAUACACAAACUACAACCAAAAAGCCACUCAUAGCCACAAAUAAUGCUCAGAACAGCACCUAACUUCAUCCACAGUACAUACAGGGUCUCAUCACGUCAAACUUCUUUUUAGCUUUGCCGGGUUUCUUUGGCAAAGAGACCAAACACAACUCAACCACUCUCCUCCAGCAGAUGCUUGUUUGUAGGGGAGCCCUGAUGACUCGAUCACAGAGUGCAGCGGAGUUCUGCCGCUUAAGGAACUCAAUGGUUUGCGUUAUGUGUGCAUAACAAAAAAAAUAAAAAUAAAGAUGGUGUCAAUAAAAGUAUGAUAAACACUGGUCUUUAUUUAUUCACUAAUUACACUUAGCUGUCACAAGCUGUAGGUAUGCUGCCUUUUUGUCCUCUAUCAUUACUAAUGCAGUUCCCCUCUAUAUCAACUUUCCUUUUCCAACUCUAUCAGCCCUAUGAGCCUCAGUUAUUCAGGCUUUGUGUCCAAUGCCUUGCUGCUGUUGGAAAGGCCCUGCCUCCUGACCACAAGGACCCGAACUGUGGGUCUCAUAGGGACAGAAAAACCUUCAUGGACACAGAUGAGCACUUUGACCCUCAGCCUGUAGAUACAUCACAGUAAGUUACUGAUGAGGGAUAUUAAUCAUUGCUCUUAAAAUACUAACAAAUAGAAGCUGACUUCCUGCUCAUUGAUGUGUCAAUUUGCACAUUUAUCAUGAGGUUCCAGUAAUUUCUUUUUAUGAUAAUGAGCAAUCGUAUAUUCGUCCGCUGUAAGGCAAAAAAAUCUGUAAUAUAUCUCUCUACAAUAGCAUUUCAGUUCCAGAGAAACUGGAGUUUGUGGUGAACAAGUAUGCAGAGCACACCCAUGAGAAGUGGUCUCUGGACAAGGUAAGAACACAGUAAUUAUUCCUUAAAUCUGAGCAGCUCGCUAAAUUUAACAGAAAGUUUGAGGUUCAGGAAUGAAACAAUAGAAGCCCAUCUAUCUUUAUGGUGUGGUUGAGUUAGUAUGUUGAUGUCUGCAUAUUUUUUAAUUUAUGUUUUUAUCCCCCUGAAUCUCUGUAACCUUCAUCAGUUUGCCAAUGGCUGGGUUCAUGGGGAGCAGCUCUGUGAGAACACCAAGGUUCACCCUCUCCUCAAGCCAUACAGGGCUUUGGCUGAAAAGGUAGACUGAGAAGUCAGUUUUUAUUGUGUGUAAGUGUGAAUGUACAACAGAUAGAAAGCAGUGGACUGAAAAAACCCAGAGAUCCCUCUUACGUAACAAAUGCGGUGUAUGUCACAUAAAAGAUUAAAAUGCUGUGGUCUGGGGUCCUUGGUGAAUGGAUAGACAGCACUUUUUACAAGACUGAAAUCAAAAUAGUUCAGGCAAGUUUCUCUCCUCUGCUGUCCUGUGAUAACCCGCUUAGUUGAGUUUCACCUCACAGUUUCUGUGUAUGUCUGAGUUUUCCAGGAGAAGGAGGCAUACCGCUGGGCCAUUAAGGAGACUAUGAAGAGUAUGCUGGCCUUUGGAUGGUCAAUAGAGAGGACGAAAGAAGGAGAUGCAUUUGGUUCACAUGCCUGUUCACGCAGAGUCUCUCAGUCUGGGCAUGUAUGUGUACUGUGCAGAGCAAGUUCAUUCUGUCUAAAGGAGUGAAAUAACCCUUAUUCAAAAGGUAACGUCUUCACUGCUGGAGUAACAUGUUUUCUUUUGGUUUCUUAGCUGUCUUUUGAAGGAGCGUCAACUUUCAGCCCCAAGCCUUUGGACAUGAGCAGCAUCACCUUAUCAUGGGAACAGUGUGUAAGCAAUUGCAUGUUUUUGGCUAAAACCUGAAUCCUACCUCAAACUUUCAGAGGUGUAAGAGCAUAAAUGCUGUUUUAAGUCAUGAAAAGAGAAAUUUAAGGCCAGCUUAGCUUAGUUUGUCAAGCAGGCACCCAUAUUUAAAAGCUGUAGUCCUUAUCACACCUACUGCAGGGUUGACUCCUGGCAUUAGAUGCAUGUCUCCCUUUCUCCUCUUAAAAUACUCAGAUUCAGUCUUUCAUACAGCCAAGCAACACAGAUUUCAUCACCUGAAAAAAAGGGGUCUCAAAGUUGCUGUGACUUAUCUGACAGGAAAUACAGGGAUUGACACUAACUUUUUUUACAAGGAGCACAUGUGCUCCUAAGUUGAAAAAGUAAGGAGCACAAAAGGAAUUAAAGGGGCACAAUGAAAAUUGAUCAAAUAAUGUUUGUCGUAUUGGUCGACAUAAGUACUAUUAUUUAAAUCAAUUUUAGGUCUUUUGGUCAUAUGACAUGGAAGGUAUUGAAGAAAAUUUUCGAAAUUUGCCUUUUAAAUUUAACACAAAAAAUUUAUGAGGAUAAGUUAGAGAAAUAAAGAGGUGUGUCUUACUGGUCGACAUUAUUUGAAAUUAAUUUUACGUCAAUUUGUCACAUGACAUGGAAGCUGUUGAAGGAAAACAGCCUUUUUUUGAGAACAGCAAACGGUAAUUUAUUGAUGGUCCCUUAUUCAACCCCCGACGCUGACAGGGAAGAUGCCAAGUAGAUUUAACAGCGCUGCUCUUGCUGUUCCCAGUUAUGGAGAGUGAGAAGACACUGGAAGAUCUGCAGUGAAUGUCCGUCGGAUAUCCAACCUAAAACUAACUUCACCGCGGUAUUUACAUGAAAAAACAUUUGUUUCCUCAGCUAUUUAUUUUUAUGCGCACAUUAGCCCCUAAAUACAUUUCAAAACGCGCACACAUCUAUUUUUAGUCACAAAUGCGAGUGAAAUGGUCGCACUGUUGAGCCCUGAAUGACAUAUUUCUACUUGUGCAGAUGUAAUAAGAUAAAAAACACAUUGUUGUAGUUCAUGAGAAAUAUGUUGUGGACUCUGUUCUGCUGUUUCUCUGAACACCUAUCAGGCUGCAUAGUAAAAAGGAAAAACUCCUGCCGUUUUCAGCAGCAUAAAGCUUCUCUGUAGCAGUUUGAACAUUCACAUAUGUACCUUUGACAUCAGGGACAUAUUUAACAGCCCCCAUGGCCAACAUCCCACAUGGGCUGUAAAUAUUAAACACUGGCUGAAGGAAAUGGUUGUGGCGGCUCAGUCUGCUCUGUGGGACCCUGAAUCCUCAAACAGAUGGUCAGAGCUGGGCCUACACAAAAUGUGGUGUUGGAUAAACCAUUAUUUUCUGUGCCUGUCUGAUAAUAGACUGCUGAUUGUUUGGAGGGCUGGCUGUUUUUUAACCCCCCAAUUUUCAUCGCAGUCUGUACCGGACAGGAAAUAUGUACUGUUUAUUUUACCAGACUGUUAUCCCACCUUUUAUAAUACCAUCUAACACUGCAUGGUAAAAUAGUAACAUGAACUCCAGCUGAACUACAUAUGCCAUUACUCUGUGUGGAAAAAAACCCUUUUUGUUGUAGCAGCUUUGUUGUUACUGGGUACAGGACACACUCUCCUCAAGAAAAUUGAAUUCCUUGUUUGAGAAGGGGACCUGGACUCCUGUCCUAUUUCUUCAGGUUACUAUCUGCAGCUUUAAAAGCAAGCGAAAGAAGCUGAUAUUAUUAACCAUAGUUUGAACCCCUUCCAGUAUUACUGCAACCCAAAAAAAUGUCAAGCAAACUCAAGAGCAAGAGGGGAAAACAAGAUUGUACUCAUGUCUUUUGUUUUGUUUUUCUUAUCUGCAGGCAAUGGCUGAACAGUUGGCUGAAAACUACCACAAUGCCUGGGCUAAGAAGAAGAAAUCAGAGCUUGAGAGUAAAGGUACCAUACCGUGAUGUCAACUUUUAUAUCUCUUCUUCUUAAAGGCUCACCUCACAGUGCACAAAAUAACCAAGUAAAUUGCAAUGUAUUCAACUCAUUUCUGUUCUCAGGAGGGGGUGGCCAUUCGAUGCUUGUACCCUACGAUACCCUCACUGCAAAAGAGAAAACCAAGUUCAGAGAAAGAGCCCAGGAUGUCCUCAAGUUCCUUCAACUUAAUGGUUACACUGUGUGGAGGUGAGCAGAAAAUGAGCUUGUGACUCCAAGAGGGCAAUGUGAUUACACUGUGUUUGAGGUGGAUAGCAAAUGAGUUCCAUUUUCAUGUUGCAACGCAAUCACAGAAAGGAAGGGGAGUCUCAGUCUCUAACCUUUAACUUCAAAUACAGGUUAGAUUCUGAAAUAGAGUACAAGUAGUGAAUAAUAAGAUUGUGUUCCCUCUUUCUCUUCCCCCUGCACAGCAUCCCAGACAUUAUAUAGAUGGCCCUAAUAUAGUAUUGAAGGCCUGAGUUCUUUGUUGUUUCAAUAAGUGGUUGUUUGGCUUUGACUUGAAGGGAUCGCAAGACUGUGGAGUUGGAUUUUCCAGCCGUGACCAACAGCUUCAGCUACACUCUUCUACAUCACUUACUUUCUCAUACUGAGGAUGCCCAAGAACAAAUGUUGGAGCUGGGUAACUUUAUUGUGUCAUGAUGAUGAUGAUAGUAAAGAUGUAUUUUGACUUAAAUUUUUAGGAGAUUGUUGGUGUUACAGAUUUAAAUGGUACCUUUACUGUAAUUUUUUAAACUCUAUUUUAGGCCAUGCGAAUAACCUCAAAUUGCCUUUUACUUUAAUUGGCAGUUUCUAAGCAAGUCUGCAUCAGAACAGUUUUUAUUUGAAUUAUUACAAAGUAGUUCAAUCCAGUUCUCAAAAAUUAGAGAUGCAUACAACACUGUCAUCAUUUAUGUCUAUGUUUUUAGUAUCUCUACAUUUUAUUCUCUUACUACAUUGAGCAUUUCAUUGAUUUAUUCUUUUUUGGCCCAACCCCCAGAGGUGAUGCAAGCCAGAGGACAGCUGUCUAAAAACGAGAGAGCUCCACACCAGCAACCACUACAUUUUUAUCUCAAGGUCUGUCUGAAUAUAUAUAUAUAUAUAUAUAUAUAUAUAUAUAUAUAUAUAUAUAUAUAUAUAUAUAUAUAUAUAUAGAAUGAAUAAAGUGAAAUCUAAUCUCUUUCAUAGAAUAUCUAACCUUGAUGGAGCUUCUCUCCAAUUGUAUUUUCCCAGUGUCAUUUGCUUUCUUCUUCCCGGCUUUUCCCCCCUUUUUUCAUUUCAGUAUUCUAAUUAGUUUUGUUAGAUGGAUGCUGCAGGCAACCCCUCCAAGUAAAACCCCUUUGUGGCAGUGUAAUUUAUUUAACCAUUUUGGAAAUCCAUGUGGGCGUGUCAAUUGCCAUAGGGACAUUGAUUAAAGCUUCCCACACAGUUCUGCCUCCAAGGAGCCAGCGAGUGAAAGGGGCUUAUUUCUCAUUGAUGGGACCCAAUGAAUCCGACCCAGUCAGCCAAGACCAAGAACAGUCAUGCCUCAGAUCUCUACGUCCCCCACUGCUCACUCACUCUCACAAGCUUACACGUCUCUGUCCAUUGGUCUGUCUUUUUGUCCAUGUGUUUGUCAAUGAAACACCAGACUUGAUUCAAAGAACUAAUAGAGGGCAAAACAUUUAACAUCCUGGUCCUCUGGACCAUUGUCGAUGAAGUAUUUCAAACUCAAGAAAAUCUUAAAUUGAAGAUGAUAAUUUGUUGACUUUCAGAAGCAAUGAUGCUGCUAUUAAAAUUGUGUUUCCAAAUGUUGUGUUUUUUAUGCUUGUCUGAAGAAAUUUAAAGGAUAUUGAAAAUCAAUCAUGUUGAUUUUUUUUUAAAUCAUGAGUGCCUCUCACUUUAUUCAACAGGUUACCCUUCCUCUUUUGGAACAAUAUGUGAAGAGUCAUCGUCUUUAUUUUCUGUCUACUUCCCUUCGCUCAAACUGUAAUCACAGCUAUGCCUCUAAAAGAGAAAAAGAAAUGAUUGCAAGGUAUUUGUCAUCUGGAGAAAAAAUGUGCAUUUGUACUUUGAAUACAUAAGCAGUAUUAUAAGUGUUCUUAUGCUUUCUUAGAUAGUAGCAUCAUAGCACCAAACUUCAGACAUGUUUUGCAUAUUUUUUCUUUAAUAAGAAUAAGCCUCAUUGUUCUGUGCUGCCAUUCUUCUUGUUUCAUAUCCUGUUAUUAGUUUUCCCACUCCCCUCUGUUCAUCACUCCACUUGUCCUUUCUCCUCUCAUCCAGCCUCUUUUGUAAGCUUGCAGCUCUAGUGAGACACAGGAUCUCACUCUUCGGUGAGUUUGGAGUGGACAAAAAGCUUCUUUAGAAACUAUUUUUCCACUCUUCCGUUGAAUGCUUUCUGAUUGUAUCUUCACUUUUCUACAAUUUUUUUUUGUUUUCAGGUUUUUCUCACUGUAAAUUUCCAAACUUUUUCUUCUCACUUUUUUUCCCAUACGCAUGAUCUCUGGUCAUGAUACUCAUCAAUUUUUCUGUCCUUGUGUUUUCCCAGGUAAUGAAGCCUCACAAGUUGCAAGCUGCCUUUGUGUUUUGGCUCAAGCUCUGGAUGCUAGGUAGCUAGAUGGCACUACAGUCACACUCCACCUGAAAUUGAUCAUUUUCACCCUGCCUGCAGUCACAGCAGUGUCACAGCCAUGUCUGCGGAUGAGAUGACUGGUGUAAUUGAGGCACUGAUACACUGAUGCUAUCUAAUUGUGGUUGAUAUCACUUUUACUCUCAGGGGACAAUGCCUCUGAUGCAUGGCACUAAAAGUAGAAUCUCGGCUCUGCAGAGAUUGAUUUCACUUGGAUCUGUCUGGUUCUUAGAUUAGAGUAUGUAGUCCACUGGAUUUACUUUGUUACAUAAGAUUUUUUUUCAUUAUAGAAAAACUCAGAGAUAAAUACUCUUCUUUCUUAUGUCAUAUGAAUUCUUUCAGUUUAUGUUUAUUUUUCACAAAACGAAUAAAUGAUUCAUUUAUGCCUUUGGCUCCAGGUCAUUGAUGAAGUCAGCCCCAGAGUCUAUCCAAGCUUCUCUGCAUUCAUUCUUUGAGGCAGCUGCAGCUGAUCUGGAGAUGACGGUGGAAAACCUCUCUGUCACAUUGGUCUGUUUGCCCCAGAGUCGGAGUCAGCAGGCGAGAGGGGUGGCCAAGGUCCUUAACUACACCACCUCCAUUCUUGUCCCCACCCUCACUUCUCUAUUUCAGCAUCUUGGCAGCCAAAACUAUGGCGUCGACCUCCUAGGUAAGAGCUACACUUACAGGAGAAAAUUGAAUUUAAGACUCCAAAGUUAAUUCUGAAGUAUGCAGCUGUAAGAACAGCCAGACAAGCUUCUGUUUUAUCUCACAAUGGUAAAAUCAAAAUCGUCACCACAUGUUUCCAGUAGUCUGCUCUAAUUCCCUCCACGUGUCAUGAAGCUGGAUGAACAGCUGGUGCCCAUACCCCUGAAAUCACUCAGGGACACCCUCCCCUCAUUUUGCUACCUUCCUCAUCUUUGAAAGCAGCUCUCAUUAAGCAUCUCUGUCAUGGCCGCAGAGCAGCAGGAGCAUAUUGUCACCCUCGCUAAUAUCCUGACCUGCCUGGAAUCAUUCAUUACCUCAGUCAGCAGCUUGUCUAUAUCUCUGUGAUUGUGUGCUAUCAACUCCUCCCACUCAAUGUCCUGAGUUCAACCUUGGAUGGAUCCCAGCUUAAAGCCUCACCUUGUCUUUCUAGUGGGGAGUAUCCAGGUGUCCUGUUACAGGAUCCUCAACAACCUCUACUCACUUGGCACCAGUAGCAGCAUCUACAUGGAUGGGUACUGCUUUUAUUACAAUGUGAAUUUCAAGUUUAUAACGGUAAUGUUAUCAAUUUUUCUCUUAGUGAUGGCUUCAGUUUGCUUUCAUUUAUACAUGCUUUGGGGUUAAAAAUGGGAAUUCUUACCUCAGUAUUGUCUUGUUUUCUCCUAAACUAUCUGUAUACCUGUCUAUACUUAAAAAGGUCUAAUAACCAAUCAAUCAGCCAAGACACUUUACAAAAAGGGCAGAUCUAGACCAUAUUCUUUAUUACUGUAUUAACUAAGAUCCAACAGUUGCAUAAAUUUUGUUUCAAUUGGCAGAAAUGUAGAGCACAAUCAGUUUAACUGGCAUGUAAUAACCACCAAUGCACCUAUUCAGAACGCUGUGGAUAAUAUAAUUCUCACUCAAGGUUUGUUUACUUCAUUUAUUUACUUAUUUGUAGUUAAUAAUCAAUUAUAAAUGAAUAUGAAUAUGAAUUGAAUACUGUAAUCAGAAAAGUCCAGAAUCAGGUGACACCGAUACACAGCCACUGUAUCAAAUGGUUUGUCAAAUAACAGAGUGCAUCAGUUAUAAAUUAAUUUCCAUACAGACAGAGGUCAGCCACAGGCGCUUGUCUAGCAGCCCUGACUGGGACCUUCCCGGUAUGCUUCCUGGAGCCUUCCUUUAAUUCAAACAACCCCUACUCCAUUUACAACACCAUGAGUGCUACUGAGAGAGAAGGUAAUAAAAAAUCUCAUUGUAGACACAUUGUCAUUUAUUGCAUAUUAUCUAUUUAAUCUCAGAUCUGUGUAAUAGCUCUUACUCUCACAUCUUGGCCUUGCUCUCCUCUCAGUCUCAUUUUUCAUAUCUGUUUCUUUUAGACCUCGGGCUUCCCGAGCAAGUGGAGGACAUGUGUCCCCUCAUGCCGUCUCUGGAUCAGGCCUUGGAGGAGGUGAAAGAGUUGGCAGGCGCCGGUGCUGGAGCUCGCCAAGCCCCCUACAUCCAUGUCACAGAGGUCACCUUGCUCAUGCUGUGCAGCUACAUGCCUCUCUGGUGGUUCUGGGGCCUUGAGGGACAGCAAGACAACCCAAUCUGCACCUCUGUUACUCCUCAGCAUGCUAGUGAUUUGCUUGGCCACAUCCUUCGAAUUAUCCACAACCAUGUGGGAGCUAGUCAGGGUGACUGGAUGAAACAGCUGGCAGGUAUUAUGACCAUUCACAGUACUGGUACCUUUAUUUUUCGCCAUCCAUUCUCCUUUUUUCACCCAUGAACUUUUUCCAUGCUUUUUAGUUUUUUCUCAGCCAAUCAUAUGUAAAGCCCACUCUGAGCUGUUAAAGAGCCACUUCCUGCCACUGAUGGAGAAGUUGAGGAAGAGGGCUGAGUGUGUGCUGCUUGAGGAAGAGCAGGUAAAAGCAGAAGGCGGUGACACCUCUGAAGCAGAGCUGCAGAUUCAGGAAAAGUUCACUGCACUGGUGCGAGACCUCUACGCCUUCUACCCUCUCCUCAUCCCAUUUGUGGAUUCUCAUCGGUACGGUGUGCCGCAGAGGAGCUUGGACAGGAAACAAACUUAUUUAUUUAAGGCUAAAACUGCUGCUUCAAAGUUUUAGACAGAGUAGAAUUUAUUAUACUGAAGUUAAUUCUGAUUUUAUUUUACUAGUUAGGAUAAAUUGGCCUCCAUGUUCCAUUUCAAGUCACAUAACAACUUUGUAGGUGUUAUUUCAGGCAGAUGUUUAACUUUACAGGAACAAAUUCUGCAAUAUUCAUGUGAUGUGUUUCGGUACAUCUUGUCUUAGAGCCAGCUGGCUGAAAGACUCAAACCCCGAUGCUGAGCAGCUGUUCAGCAUGGUGGCAGAGGUCUUUAUAUUCUGGGCCAAAUCACAUGUGAGCAUGUCACACAGAUGUGUUUUUUUUUGUUUGUUUGUUUUGAAAACCUCAAAUCAAGACAAUUUACGCAAAUAUUCUCGCAGAUAAUAUAUACUUUUGCUUUAUUUGUGUUUUCUACAACAGAAUUUCAAAUGGGAGGAGCAAAACUAUGUGGUCCAAAAUGAAAUCAACAACCUGGCUUUUCUUGUCAACAAAGACGAUUUGUCAAAGGUUGGCUAUAUAUUUUCAAUCUAUGCUUCCACUACUUGCUAAGAGCUGAAUCUCUCUAAAUCAGACUAUAAGCAGCAUCCAUAGUUCUAUUGUAGCUCUAGAGCUGACAGUAUUAUUGGCUCCAGUGCUUGAUUUGUCAGCACUAAAAGAACGGUUGAGCUGAUGGGCAAACAGGGCUCACCGCGGUAUUUGAGGUUAUUAUUUUGCCUUAACACAGAGCUUUCUUGGCUGUUGCCCCAACAACCAAUUUGUCUCUCAGUUACAGCCUGCUACUUUUUUUCUAAUAUUGAUUCAAGUACAAAUAAGUUGCAACAAGCUUUUCCCUGUACAUUUUGGAAGCAUUCGCCCCUACUUCAAAUCAAUAUCAGUAUGAUAGAUAUAAUCAUAUGUAUAAAUAUAUAUUGUUUUCAAUAAGCAGCAUUGGAAUCAAUUCAGGUAUUGAUGAAAUCUUAUUGAUACCUUUCUCUGCUCAAGACUGAAAAAAGUUUAUUUAAAUCCAUGUCUUUGCAACUCUUAGUUUGACCAUGAGAAAAGGAGGAUGAAGAGGAAGGGGGAUCGCUAUUCCUCUCACACCUCCCUCAUAGUGGCUUCUGUGAAGAGACUGCUCCCUGUGGGACUGAGGGUUUGUUUUCAUAGCGACCAGAGUCUCAUUGUGUUGGCCAAGAAGGGCUUCACUCAGGUCAGUAGUUCAAGAAGAAAUGCGUUUCUGUCAUGAUGAAACUUCUGAGAACUUUCCCCUGUAGUAUACAGCAUGAAUAUAUAACGCCAGCCAUUGUUUACUUUCCACAGAAGAACACGGAUGAUGAGAUUCGAGAGCAUGUUUUCAGUUGCCUAACAUAUCUCCAAAGCCAGGUACUUGAUAAUUGUCUCUGCAUUAUUAGCCUUGUUUUCUGAACAGCUACAAACGGCAAGUGUAUGCUUAAUGGAACCAUCUAUUCAUAUAUGUGAUAGAUGAUGCUUGUUGUUAUGUCUUAGGAUUAUAAAAAAAACUAGAUCUGGCUUUGGCAUGAGUGUGAGUUGUUAUGAUUAUGUGAGCACAUGCAUAUUGAAAAUAAGCUGGAGUCAAAUAACUGCAGGAUGUAUAAUAUAAAUAUUAUUUUCCAGACAUCUUAAGUAAACAGACAAAAACAUCUACAUAUCCCAUAAGUCCACAGCUAGGUUUUCAAGUUUUGACAGCAAGCAAAGCAACAAGAAAAGUGUAAGGAGAUGAUUGACAUUUAGUGUAUUAUGUUUAGGAUUUACUACUGCUACUACUUUAGCAUAUUUGUUGACUUGUACAAAAAAUAGAAAAAUGUGCAUUACAUAAAACUGAAGUUACUACUUCAGUUACUACUGCUACUACUUUAGUUAUUACUCUGUAACACCCAUCCAAUGAUGGGCUAUGGUUCUUUGUUCACCAGACAAAUCGAUGUGACAUACUCAUGAUUUCUUCUUGAGUCAGCUGUGAAUAUGUUUACUCAUUAGUAACUGACUCAAAAGCUGAAGUUCUGCUUUGUCAUGAGCACAAACACGUAAUCAAACAGACAAUUAACAUAUGUCCACAUUUCACUGCUGGUCCUCUAUCCUAGAUGAAUUAUGUACUAUGUCUUUAAAAGAACCAACUGCAGUUAGUUUGGGUUAUAAAAGACAUUGAGGGCAAGUGACAAAGUAAGGCAACUUAAUAUCUUGUUUACGUCUGAAAGUUUGCUCUUUAUCCAUUUAGUCUGUCAUGCUUUGCUGCUAUAAACCGUAUCGCCUUGACCUUCCUGAAGCCUCUCUAAAAAUGUCUUUAAUUGAAUGCUGAACCACCUGCUACUACAAGAAAUAAAUGUGUCCGUGUGUUCGUUCAUCUUGCUCCAGGGGUCAAACAGCCUGAAGCAGGAAGCCAUAAACACAGGACACCCACAGCAGCGCAAAGCCAGCCCUGACACCCAAAGGUCCAUUGACAAGAUUUUGGAAAUAGCUCGGGUGCUGUAUUAUCUGGAUCAGGUGAGCAAUAACAAAAUAAAGCUAUCAUCAUCAAAACAUUGCAAUCUAGGAUUGAGUUCAUGAUUUGAUAUUUUUGUAGGCUUGUAUAAAGGUUACAUUAUGGCAUGUCACACUGACAUGGUUUCCUGAAAACACAGUAAUGAUUUUAAGUAUUUCUUGCUUCUGUGUGGUUGUAUAAACCUUUUUAAUAUUGUGGCGUUAGCUUGUAUUCUUUGAUCAGACCUUUCUUUACGUAUCUAUUUAGCUGUAAUCUAAGAUAAAUGCUGUUCAGUGUCUGUAGAAGCAGGUGGGGAUAUUGUCCAGAGCUGCUGUUUUUACUUGCAUUGCACAGAAAUGAAGAUUUUCCAUGCCAUGCACAUUCCAGCCUCUUGAAACUCUCUCUCGCUCUUGUUUUGGUUAGGUGAAAGGUGGCUGUUUUUGAGUUGAUACGAAUACAGUAUGCACACUGACACAUUCACAUUAUAAACAAAAAAGUAAAAAAAAAAAAAAAAAACAUAUGCUGAUGAUUGAUGGACUUAUUAAAGCAGCUGUACUGUGCAAGUUUCUCCUGCUCUGUGCACACUAGGCAAAGACCCUCGUAUGUAUGGUUCAGCUGUCUCAGCCACUUUGUUUUGAUUGAUAAAAUCCAGCUUCCUCAUGCUGGCUGCACUGCCCGGCUGUAUUUAAUUUCUAGAAGCUUUUGUCAAUAUGUGUCUUGCCUUGGCUGGAAUAAAUAAAAAGAAAGACAGAUAUUUGAUACUACAAAGCUGUGAUAUACAGUGAAAGUUGUACUCUUUAUUCAAACUUUAAUUUGAAUAUAUUAUAAUCAGAGUAAUGCUUGCAGUGCUAUUGCGUGAUGAGUGCAAGGUAAAACCAAGGAAGAGGAACCCUGAUGAACCACGCUGAAAAGCCUCAGGCCAUUAGAGGUUCAUGUUUCAGUCAUUACUUUACAAGCCUUUGGUUUCUGAUUAAGGUGGAGCACCCUCAGAAAAGUAGGAAACCUGCCUGGCACAAGGUCUUAUCCAAACAGAGGAAACGAGCGGUGGUGGCCUGCCUGAGGAUGGCUCCCCUCUAUAAUCUCCCCAGGUACAAAGACAAAUGAUGUGCAAUUAUCAAUCGGUGCUUUGCAACAUCAAUAAAGUGCUUUUAGUAUUUAGCCUAAUUGCUGACUAAUGUGAAUGUUAUGUGUGCUGAAAAAGCUCUGUCAUAAGGAGAGAGUUAUCUAAUGCCAAAGCAUUUGACUUUGAUUUGAUCUUUUGCGCAUUUAUACUCCUGUAAUCUGUGUGCAGUAAUUGAACAGUUGAGCAUGAAAUGAAGGGUGAAAGAGUAGGAAACAAAAUGAAAGGAGGGCUAAUGGAUAAGUUAGCGCUGCAGAAAUACAAAGGCUAUGUUUUUUUUUUUUUUAAUCACAAAUCAGAAAAGAGGUCAUAGAAAAAACAGUCUCCUCACAUUUUGCCAGUUUGCUUUCUUCAACAGCCCAGUGAAAGAAUAAUAAAUAUGCUGCAUGAACCUUAACUGUGACACUAUAAUAGUGCAAACUUUUCAGGUGUGUAAACACACAGACAGCUCUGUAUUGCGAAGGUGACACUCCCGUGAUGGAGCAGUAAUGUAAAAGCUAAUAAACCGUAGCUAUGUCAGUCACAGGGAGGGCAAACCUAUUACAAUAAAAAAGCCCACCAGCUGCUUGUGGUUGGGAUUUGUGUUUUGGUGUUUGUAGAAUAUAGCUGCGUUGUGGCUCCUCUUUGUUUUUUACUCAGUGGAUGUAAAAAAAUCAUCACUUUACUUGUUUAAGAGGCUUUGAUGAACAAGUAAUUGUGGGUCCUAUCAAAGCAUUUUUAGAGAUAAGUAGUUUCCUGUGUAGUUUUCUUGUCUUGUUGGCAUUUUUACAAAAUUAUCCCUUGUUGUCUCCUCACACACCCCUCUUCCUCCUCAGGCACAGAGCUGUCAACCUGUUCCUCCAAGGCUACAAUAAAUCCUGGAUCUCUGCUGAGGACUACAGCUUUGAGGAGAAGCUUGUGGAGGAUUUAGCUGUGAGUGACAAAGCGAGCCAUACCAGCGUCAGAGGUUGGAAUGAAUGUGAAAUAAACAAUAGUAUAAAUAUGUAUGUGUUUUUAUCAUCAGGUAAGAAACUCAUACACUAACCCAGGGUUUCUGAAAAUGAAUAAAAAUCUCAUUCAUUGUGGCUCAAAUUUGCCUGUGAAAAAUUGGUAAAUAGAGUUUGAAAGUAGAAAAAAUAUGCUCUAAAAUAUUAGCAGUAUCACGCCACCAUGUACAGAUUGGUUUUCGUCACAAAAACCACUCAUUUGGUUGUUGUGUUUGUGGAGUGAACCCCCAGCUACCGACUGUAUCCUGCUGUACAGAAUUUAAGCAGGCUUGGCAGAAUGAUGGAGUGUUUACAACAUGAAGUAAGCAUUGCCUACAGGGCACGCUUCCCGGCAGGAAAUUUACUUAAAUAUUUAACAUUAUUGAAAAAGUCAAACACAAACACGGCCUCUAGGCUAUGUGUACAUGGAGAUUAAGUUGUAGAUAUAAAUGUGUGUCUUCUCCCUACACACGUGUCAUCCUUGUGUAUCCUAUGAAGUGCGUAUAACCCAGUCUGUCACCAAACACAGUAGAUGGUAAGUGUUUGACGCUUUUAUGAAAACACAAUAGCUUUGCUGUUUAUCUCUUUUCCCGGCUUGUAGAGGGGAGGAGCGAUGGAGCUGUGUGGAGGCAACAGAGAGGAGGAAAAGGAUGUGGGGGACGGUGCCAAACCAAUCGAUCCCCUCCUGCAACUCAUUACGCUCUUCAGUCGAAGCGCGGUGGCAGAAAGGAGGUGUGUGUCUGUGUGUGUGUUCAUUAUAAAAGAUCACAUGCAAUAAAGCUGAUUUUAUUACUGGUGUAACCUAACACUGGAAAAGUUGAUGGUAAAUUUUUGUUUAGAUUUUUGUUUAAAGGCCUAACAAGCGCAUUAAGUUUCACAAGGUCUUCAGUCUUUUAGUGAGUCUCUGUUGUUGCGUGGUAUCAUUAAAAUGCACCAACAGCGUUUCUCUCGAUUCCUCUGGGAAAAGCCAAAGUGUUUUGAUGGUGUCUGAACACUCUGGCCCUCCUACUCUCUCACAUCUUGGCACCAACUCUUGGAUCAAAAGAAAUUGACCGGUCAAAUAGGGAUGCUUUUAGUCUGCUUGAUCUCUUAUCUAUCUGUGGAGCAGGUCAGAUGCACUGCGCAGGGUUUAUCCUUAAGUUAUCCUGCACUGAAAAGACCUGCUCGCUGUAACUCUUUCUUAGUAGGACAGACCUCAAGUGAACUGUUGCGGUCGAUAAAAAUGUUCAGUGCCACUGAGCAGUCCAGUGGGUAAAAAGGGUCACACUGUAGAGAUCCACACUGAGCUUCAGGCAUUUCAAGGUGAUGCUACAUUCGGCUUGUAAACAAGGGGAUCAUGUUCAGGGAGUAUGAAUAGAUCUGCAGAGGAUCAGAUACAAAUUGGCCUUGACAUAUGCCAUUGACGAGUUAUUUUUAGAAUGCUGCAUCUGUUCAUACAUUGAUAAACGCCACUAUAACUUCAUCUGCCCAUAUCUGUCCUCUUUACAGCAAGCUGGGAAACGACAGUCUGUAUCAGUCCUAUGCUGCGAUUAUGGCAAAGGUAAAAGAAGAUAAAGAACAGUCCUCACUUGAUCUAAUAGUUCACCAAAUUAUGCAUGACUUCCCUGGAUCCAUAAAGGUUGACUGACUUUAAUAUCACAUGUGUAUUUUUAUUUUUAUGCUGGUUGUAAACCAGUAUUGAUGAUGAGAUAAAAUACUUUAUUUGUAAAUUAUUGUGCAUAUCACAUUCAGUACACACUGUAUGAGUUAAAACAAGCGAUAGUAUCUUUAUGCAUCAGGUUAUUUACCUCAGUCUAAUUCUGUGUUAAAUAUUUGCUUUGGCAGAGCUGCCACAGAGAAGACACGGAUGAUGAAGAGCAGGAGGCUGAAAGCUUUGAAGUGGGUCUUGUAAUGGAUUUUCAGAGCGCUGUGUACAAUCUUGAUAAAACCAGAAUGAGAUAGUUUGCAAAUCAUUUAGAUCCUGAUUUUAAUUAUAAUAGAGAACAAGGCAAAUGUUGAAACUAUUUUUAUUUCUUUUUUAGUUUAAAGAAAAAAAAAGGUUAUUUUGCAAUUGGAUAAAGCAACAUGUUUUAAAACAGCACAGGAGAAUUAGAACAUGGAAACAGUUGUGUAAUGCUAGAAAAAUCUUGACUUGAAACAGGUCAGUAUCAUGACUGGAUAUAAAAGGGCUCUCCAAAGAGGUAUUAAAAUGUUUGUGCAAAUAUGUGAUUUUUAAGAAUUAGCCAAUGACUGAUACUGGAUGGCUGCUACAUUCAGGUGGCACUACAUUAAAAACGGAGAGGACCCUGCUUGGGAAAUCACUGCAAGGUCUCAAAAUCACAUCCAAAAACCAUCCUCUGUUUUAAAUACAAAGUACUUAAAAGUUAUUUUGAAAAUGUAAAAGAUCUACUAGUCGUUGAAAGAGAAAUUAAAGAUGUUAUAUAUGUGAUUUGUAACAGGCUACAAAGAUACAUAUAUUCCUCUUCAAUCCAGGAAAAGGAGAUGGAGAAACAGAAUUUACUGUACCAGCAAGCCAGGCUGCAUCAUCGUGGAGCCUCUGAGAUGGUCCUACAAACUGUCAGUGCCAGCAAAGGUAGGAACAAAAAUCAUUCUGAAGUUUAUCACUGAUAUUCAGAUUGGUCUAAUGCCAAAGUUAAUAUGUUGAGGCACUGCGGUAAUGUCUUGUUUUUGCCUGAGAGCAAGGAACUUUAAUGAAUACUGAACGAGAGUCGCAGACUCCUCGACUCAGCAGCUGAAAAUAAUUUGACGCUCUUCUUUGUGCUCAGCCCUUUUCUUUGAGAAAAUAACCGUGAUGAGUUUUACAUCCUAUCAGGGGGAAUGAGUGCCAUGAUUGCCCCCACGCUGAAGCUGGGAAUUGCUCUUCUCAAUGGCGGAAAUGCCAAAGUCCAACAGGUACCAAACUGCAUCCUUUUCACCCAUCCAUCUUACACAACUCAUUUCUCUUUGGAUCCACUUUUUUUUUCACAUAUUCCCCAAUGAUUUUAUACUAUGAAACACACACAAUAUUAAACAACAGGACCACAUGGAGAGGGUCAAAUCAGAUUAGCUGACUCUAAAAAGACAGAUGAUUGCAGCCUCCAGAGAAAAAUGCUGGAUUUACUUUGUUCGGGUGAAAAAGGUUUACAAUUUGAGACCGACUAUUUUAAGUAGUUGUUGGUGGUAAAAACAAGUAUGUUUAUGAGCAAAAAUACAACAGAAAUCCAGAAAAGAAUCAAACAAGUUGUAUGAUAUGUAGACUGUGGAUGUCAUUGACUGAACUUUACCAAGUGUGUUAAAAAAAUUAGAGUUUCGUGAGUAGGGAUGAAUGACCUCAAAGCCCAUGACUUGAGUAGGGUACCUGGACCGAUCCCAUAACCUUUUCCAUCUGUUCAGAUUGAGAGCCUUUUCUCAUCUCUGUUCAGAUCAUAUCACUUUCAAAUUCCCCGUCGUUUUAUGUACAAUGAGCCCCGACACAAACAGACACGUCGUAACAAAGCUUACCUAUCAAAAAGAAAAACAGCUUUAUCCUAAUCAUGCUUCAGCUUCAGACGAGUUCCCCCUCCUUUUAUCAGGUCUUGUCUUUGAUGCUUUUGUUGGACAGAAAAUGCUGGAUUAUCUGAGAGAGAAGUGCGAUGUCGGCUUCUUUCAGAGCAUGGCUGGACUCAUGCUGUCAUGUAGGUGAGUGAAUGUAGGAAAAUUCUCGAUCAAAUGUCACAAUCACUGGCAAGCUCCAUCUUCUGUGUGCUGCAUGCUGAUUCAUUUUUCUGCUAUGUGUGUGUGCGUGUGUGUGUUUGUGUUUGCCAUCCAGUGUUUUGGAUCUGAAUGCGUUUGAGAGGCAGAACAAAGCUGAAGGAUUAGGCAUGGCCAUGGAUGAGAGCUCAGGUACUGUAUUCAUAUGGAUAUGGAAAAACAAAAUAGAUUCAUCUUUCUGUGAAGCUGUGUCAAAGUAGAGGAGCCAGCUGUGAGAUUUGGCCUGUCAAACAAUCUACAUUUUCACUCUCUGAGCUUCACUUUCCUGUUCCUCUCUAUCUCUAAAUUCCUUACAUGUUUCAUUCAUUCGUUCAGUGUUACUCUAUCUUUGCCCUUCACCCUCUGCCUCCUGUCCUUACACCACCUAUCUUUUUUUAUCAGGAGAGAAAGUGAUGCCUGACAAAGACAUAACCUGCGACCUGUUCCGGUUUUUACAGUUGCUCUGUGAAGGACACAAUUCAGGUUAUCAGUCCUCUGCUGUGCUAUACUUACUCACUGUCACAAAGAUACACAAAUCCUGUAUCAUAUGGAUAUCUCAUCAAAAUAAAGCACUUAUCACUGUAAUGUGCAAUUAUACUGAUUAACAGGCUUUUGAUUUGUUAGAUUUUCAGAACUACCUGAGAACACAAACAGGCAACAACACCACCGUCAACAUCAUAAUAUCCACGGUGGACUAUCUGCUGAGAGUGCAGGUAAGUUUACAGUUACAGAUUGUCCUUUAUUACUCAGAUUUAAUUAUUGUCUUGAAAUAAAGUGUUUCGUUGUCAUGUUGUGGAAAUUCAUGGAUUCCUUGCAUCUAUUUCAAGAUCCAAAAAUUGCAAAUUCAUCGUUUCAUCCGCUUUAAAUUUUGAGUCUUCCACUGAUCACAAUGCUGCAGUCUUAUUUAAAAUGUUUUCUCUAACCUCUCUAACGGCCCCAAAAUGUCUUUCCUGCACCACAGGAGUCAAUCAGUGACUUUUACUGGUACUAUUCAGGGAAAGAGGUGAUCGAUCCACACGGCCAACAGAACUUCUCAAAGGCCAUCAAAGUGGCCAAACAGGUCUUCAACACACUUACAGAGUAUAUACAGGUCAGUGAGUUUCCAAUAUUAUACUGUUGCUUAUGUCUUUUAAGCUUUGAGGCGUUACACUGUUUUUAGUGGUUGUGCCUGUACAAUCUAACUGCGUUGGAUGUUAUACUCCUGCUUUGUGUUUUUCUUUCUACAAAGCUUGUAAAUUGUCAGCCUUUGUUUACAGUGUGGGAAAGAUGAGAAUAAAUCUAGUGUAUAAUGCAGUUUUAUUAUCUUAUGAUAUUUAGUAAAGUGAAUUAAAGUAGAAGGGUUUUCCAAUAUCCUGCCCUUCCCAUGUGUGUAAAUAGGUUAAAACGUAUAUAAAUGAAACAUAGGUACGCCUCUCAGAUUGUACUGCACAAAUAAAUGAUACAGUGGUCCAUGCUGGUUGAUUUAUUUGUGCAAAAAAUAUUUCUCUACGCAUUGAAAUGGUCCAAGAAAUGAUGCAGCUCACAUAGUCAGUGUCUUCAUUCAGGGCCCAUGUACUGGAAACCAACAGAGUCUCGCUCACAGUCGCCUGUGGGACGCUGUUGUUGGGUUCCUUCAUGUCUUCGCCCACAUGCAGAUGAAGCUCUCCCAGGUAAAGCACAUUGGUUAAUUAACAUUAACAUAUCUUAGCUCCCUCUGCUGCUAUAUACAAAUUGAAAAUGUUUCAUUCCUUCUUGAAAAGCAAUCAUUGAUGUACGUCCUUAUCCACAGGACUCAAGGCAAAUAGAGCUCCUCAAAGAGCUCAUGGAUCUACAAAAGGACAUGGUGGUUUUUCUGCUUUCCAUGUUAGAAGGUAAGAUUUCCACUUAUGUAAAUUUCUGUGUUAUUCCUGCUCAUUGAUUGGUGACCAAUUAAUGUUAAAGAGUCUUCUUGUCUUUUUUCCCUGCAGGUAAUGUCGUGAAUGGAACCAUUGGGAAGCAGAUGGUGGAUAUGUUGGUGGAGUCAUCAGGGAAUGUGGAGAUGAUCCUAAAGUUUUUUGACAUGUUCCUUAAACUCAAAGACCUCACCUCCUCUGAUGCUUUCAGAGAGUAUGACCCUGAUCGAAAGGGAUGCAUUUCCAGGAAGGACUUCCAGAAAGCCAUGGAGAACUGCAAACGUUUCUCCCAAACUGAGACUCACUUCCUUCUCUCCUGCUCAGAGGCCGACGACAGUGACAUCGUAGAUUAUGAGGCCUUUGUGGACCGCUUUCAUGAGCCAGCCAAAGACAUCGGCUUCAGCAUCGCCGUCCUUCUUACCAACUUGUCAGAACACAUGCCCAACGAUAAUAGACUUGGGACAUUCCUUGAGCUGGCAGAGUGUGUCCUGACGUACUUCCAGCCUUCUUUGGGUCGUAUAGAGGUCCUUGGCGGCGGCAAGCGCAUUGAACGUGUCUACUUUGAAAUCAGUGAAGCCAGCCGCACUCAAUGGGAGAAGCCUCAGGUCAAGGAGUCUAAAAGGCAGUUCAUUUUUGAUGUGGUCAACGAGGGUGGAGAGAAGGAGAAAAUGGAGAUGUUUGUCAAUUUCUGUGAGGACACCAUCUUUGAGAUGCAGCUCGCCGCUCAGAUAUCUGGCUCUGACUCUGGGGAGAGGUGUGCUGAAAAAGGAGAAGAAGAUGGCGGUGAAGAAAAAGGUCAUGACAACAAAGGAGUGUUUUUCAUCUAUUCUUGGAUGCUGCUGCUGAUAUCUGUAGUUUCUGUUAAAAACCUGAAGUCAUUGAUGAAGAUGACCUUGAAGGAUAUCCUCCUGUCAGCUGUUUUACUCCUUAGAUUCAUUGUGUUGGCUCAAGUCCGGUGUAUCUGUGUCGUGGUUCGCGGCAUCUUAUAUGUGCUGUACAUAGCCUUUGUAAGUGGUGGGCUCAUAGAGGGAGCCAAAAGAAUAAAAAUAUUGGACCUGCUGGGUGGGAUCCCGGAACCAACCCUUGAUGAGGUCAUGGAGGUGCCAAGCGGUGUGGAUCGGCUGAGAAAGCACUCUGCCAGUCUGACUCUCCAGAGAGAAUUGAGGGAGAUUGGGCAGGAGGCAGCUGUGACCUCCCCAAGGGAGCUGGAUGUACUGUCAGAUAUAUUUGGCCUCAAAGUGAAGAAGGAGAGAGGUCAAUACAGACUUAUAACACAAGACCUCACUGCCAGUCUUACUGACCUCUUCAACACGGUCUCUAGAACAAUUUCCACCGGUGAUUUACCCGAGAGGCAUCAGGGGAUGGUAUGGGUUCAUUUUCAAAUAUAUAUAUGUUUAAUAAUAGAUAAUGUCACUGGUUUAAUAUAGUGUGUUAUAUCUCACAUGAUCUUUUUCGCAUAGUUUUUACAUGUCCUACUGCUUUGAUAAUAUACUGAUUCAUAUUAAUGGUUUGAUUUACAGCAGCACAGGGCCCACACUACUGCUGAGGAACAAUUAGAAGAUGAGAAAAUACCUACUGCAAUGUGAGUUUCUUGUAUUCCCACUUAUAAUCCUCAGAGAACGAUCGAUCAAUCAUCCAGAGAAUGUGUAGUGAACCAUUAAAAUAUAAAGAUAAUAAUGCUAUUGAACAUAUGUGGGAUCUAUAACCUGCAAAAGCUGCCUUACCAAAUGAAGCCUUGUGGUGUUUCUGUCACCUUAUCCAUAAUCAACCCUUAAAAAGCAGUCAUUGUUCCUGAUGUUUUGUUCCGUUGUCUGAAUUUAGUCACCUCACCUUCCUUGUUCCGCCCUGUUGUCUUUGCAGAGAGAACGAAUCUGGAGAGGAAACUGAGAGAGAGGCAACAAAGGCAAAUGUAAGAGCCAAGAGAUGCUUGAGGAAGUCAGAGGAACAACAGAGUCAACAUUCUGCUCUUUGGGAGAUGAUAGCCACUCAUAACAAGAGCCUCCUGGUAUUACUUACACUUUUGCUCAAGCUCUUCAAUUUGCAUGCACAAGCAAAAACACUAUUAAAAGAGAAAAUCACCUGAGUAUCUUUCUUUUUUUCCUUCCAGAAUUACUUUGCAAGGAAUUUUUAUAACAUGCGCUUGCUGGCUUUGUUUGUAGCCUUUGCAAUCAAUUUCAUCCUACUCUUUUACAAGGUGAGAGGGUUGUUGUGAGAGACAUUUGAAAUUGCACUGCUUUCGUAGUGGCAUAUUUCAAACACGAUGAAGUGCACUCAUUCAAACACUACAGUUGAGGACAACGUUGAGUUGUGCCAGUGCUACACUAUGGGAAAUAGGAAAUGAUUUGUUUGUCAGUGUCAAUAUGUCAGUAAUUACCGUAACUGCUUGAGGUAGUGAAUCUGACCCCCCUCCAUUUCUAUCAACUAAACUACUACACUUGCAUUAUUUUACACGGGUCAUACAAUAUAUAGUUUUGUCUAUUUGAGAAGUAUUGCACUUUUUUGUUUUUGUCUUUGUUGAAGUCACUUUGAUUUUGUCUCUCUUUCUCCCCAGGUCACCUCCUUGCCUGCACCACAAGAGGAGGGAGAAGUGAUCACAUCCGAUCACAAAGAGGAACUGAGAUCUUCUGCUGAAGAUGACAACAAGAGCAGAGCUUAUUUUGUGCUAGAGGAGAGCAGCGGCUACAUGGAGCCGUCUCUCCAUUUCCUGGCUGUAGCACACACAAUUAUCUCCUUCUGUUGCAUUAUUGGUUACUACCGCCUCAAGGUAGAUCAACUCAAGCCUGCAUUUUGCUGAUUCUUUCACUCAUUUUACUUUUUUAGGAGUGCCUUUCUUCAUAUAAACAGAGAGCGUUUUUUGCAAGGAUUUGAAUAAUGAAGCUCACUCUGUCUCUGAAUUUCUGUUCUCGUUCUUACUUUUAUUUGAACUUUUUAAAAGGUCAAGUGUUUACUGUGCACGUGAUUGGCAGGUGCCGUUGGUGAUCUUCAAACGUGAAAAAGAAGUGGCACGAAGGCUGGAAUUUGACGGGCUGUAUGUGACAGAGCAACCCCCUGAGGAGGACUUCAAAGGGCAAUGGGACCGACUGGUCAUUAACACACCGUAUGUUCAUAGUCACAUAGUCAACCAGGCUCAUGUCAUAUUUACAUGAAAAAACAUGUUGUGUACUUUUGGUUUAGGAGCUCACAGAUUGAUUUUGUCCACAGUUGUGUUCACCAGUGACAAGAAAUUUUGAAAACAGUUACCCGAUCCUAUGUGUGUGUUUUUCUUUUUUCUUUAGAUCCUUUCCAAGUAAUUACUGGGAUAAAUUUGUGAAGAGGAAGGUAAGACAUUUGUAGGAUUGAAGCUGUGAGUUUGCACAACAAAAAUAUUAUCUGUGUUUUAUUCUAAUUGUGUUCAUCCAUGCCUGCGACAAUAUGGAUAUAUCACUGAGUGAUGCCGCAUGAGGAUACCGAUGAAAUUUAACCAAGCGUUUAAUGGCAUGUGUAAUUGUUCUCAGGUAUCAAAAUGAUUUGAUUUUCCUGUUCUCCUCAGAGAAACUGCAACACUUUCCACCUCCCCCCUUUCUGGUUGUAACCUCUGACAAAAAGGAGAUUAAAUUGUUCUUAGAUUCCAGGAACUUAUGAAAGAAUAUUAGUAUUGGAUAAACUGUUAAAAAGCUCGGGGUCUGUUAAAUUAAAUCUAGAUACUUGAACCCAUUUUACUAAUUCACAGAUGAAAGCAUUGAAUCAGCAGAACCAGAGGUCAAAACCAGAGUUUAAUUGUCUUCAUCAUUGUAUAUUUGAUAAUUAUUAAAUAUGCUGAAAAAUACAAACAAACACAAUUAAGCUUCUGGCAUCAAAAACUAGAACUUGCAAACAGAUCCUGCAUACUCAUUUCUAUUAUUGAGACUGGUGAUGCUUUGAUUCCCCUCUUCGGAAAUAUCUUGGCAUUUCCGGGACAUUAUGAAUUUGUCAAAGGGCAAGUGGCCCAGGUGGAGCUUCCAAAGCUUAUUGUGAUGAGCUGCAGAGCACUCAGAGUAGAAAGAAAACACGCCUUUACAAAAACUUCUCAGUUUGCCAAAAUGUUGAAAGUUUUCACCCUUUAAAACUUAAGUAUUAAUUUCUUUUUGCUUCCAAGUUUGCCACUUGUUCUUCUGAAGUUUGUCCAGCACUGUCGUAUUAAAUUUUAUGCUGUGCACUGUAUCAAGUUAAGAGCUCACAGUAAAAUAAAUGGCAUAGCGCCUUGAAGUGCUUUUGAGUCUGGAAGAUGUAGAUAUUGCAGCCUUACACUGAAGUGCUUCUGUUUGUAAUAACAAAAUGACACUUAAAUAAAGCUUGACUUUGGUUGGCUCUUGUUUUCAGUCAGUAAAUCAAGAAGCUUAAAGUUUUGAGCACAAUAAGAACAAACUUUGCAUCCUUCAUAGCCAGGGUUUAGCUAACAUAGGCAUUUCAGAGGGAAGGUGGUGGUUGUAAUAUAAGCAGAGAUCAAUACCCAUAAUUUAUAUGCUGUGCUGCUGGGGGAUUGCAGGUAAAAAAAGAUAUCACAGACCAGAGUUACCUGACUCGGUUUUCCACUCUGUCUCCAUGCCCCUUAACAGCAUGCAUCAGCAGUGUAGGUAUCUAAAAAUCCUGAAUGCUUGGUUCAGUAUUCAUUGGAAACACCAUCUUUCUGUCAGCAGAACUAAGCUGCUGUCUCACCAGGCACAGACGGUACAGAAUAAUUCCCUAAGUAAUUGCUUAUUCAGAUGAAAAGCCUCAGAAGGGACUGUUGUACUAUGUAAACACAUCUUUUUCCCCUGUCAGGUGAUGGAUAAGUAUGGUGACUUUUAUGGCCGUGAAAAGAUCAGUGAACUCCUGGGUCUGGACCAAGCUGCGUUAGACUUAAGCUCAAAGAGAAAAGAGGGAAAGAGGCUCAAGAGAGACACAGCCUGGAGUGCUCUGUGAGUAGGAACAAAAAACAUAAGCCACACUAUUCUGCAUUCAUAUGGCAUCCAGGGGGAAACUUCAGCCAUCCAGUAUAUCAUUUAUUUUGCCUUUAUGGAGGUGCAGACAAAAAUAUGGUAGUUAUUGAACCAGACAGCAUUUACAUCUUACUUCUUGUUGAACUUUUUAUAUGCAGAAGCAAAGUACAGACAUGGACAACAACUUUGAAGAAUAAUGAAAUGUGCUUUUAUUUUUUUAUAUUAUAUAAAUCAUAGCCAUAAAUAAUAAAUCACCUUGCCUUUCAUUGGGGGUAUAGAAUUAGGAAGGAGGUGGCCAUACACACAGCAGCAUUCUGCUUUCUAAGAUUGCUCCAUGUAUGUUUGUAGAACAAAGUAUUGACUAUAAAGGAAAAUAAUUUGAAUAAGGUAAUCGAUAAAGCUCUUUCUCUAAUGCGUUUCACAGCAGGGAUGGUUAUAAUUCAUAAAUAAGUGCCACUCAUAUACAUGAACACCACAGGCUUAUUUACUCUUAUGUCCAGCUCUUGUUUCUAACCCCUUGACAUUAUAUUUCUGCUACUUGAUUAUUUAUAGUCUUUACCAUUAUUAGUAGUCAAUCCACUGAUGUUGUGCGUUUGUUUGAGGCUGCGUUUGAGUGUGUUACCUGAAUGUGGACAAAAGAAGGUCCUGGAACAUUAUGUUGUACUUGAGGAAGAACAGGACAUUCUGAGAUUUGGCUACAUUUCAGACAGGAGAGCCACUGUUGCAAACAGAGGUCUGAUUUUAGCCACGGACAUUUUGACCUUAUUGUCCUGGUCCUUGACAUUAUGUAUCUUUGUGAUAAUGCUUUUUUUUCAGAUAUAGCUCCAUUGAUGUGAAGUACCAGGUCUGGAAACUGGGAGUUGUUUUCACCGAUAAUGUAAGCCUGCUUUUGUCUAAUUUGUGUUUUUGUCCUCAGUCCUCACAGACAAGAUAAAAGUGUCACUUUGAAUAAUUAAUGUUUACAGAUAAUGAAAAGUGAUCAGCGUGUGAAAAGCAUAUCUGAUAUGUUACGACUUGUGCCUAAUUAGUUCUAUCAUACUAAGAUUUUGCUUGAUUCUCUCUUGAUUUCACAUGCUGCAGAGGUGACAGGGGUAAUAUCCUGUGGUGUAGGCUUAUCUAAAGUCCACAUUGUCUCUUUAUCUAUCUUUGUAAUCUACAGUUUAUUGCCUCCUUUAAUGUGAGUGUAUCCUUCUCUGUGUGUCCACAGUCCCUGUUGUAUUUGGCCUGGUACAUGGCCAUGUCUGUUCUGGGCCAUUACAACAAUUUCUUUUUUGCUGCUCAUCUUCUGGACAUCGCCAUGGGCUUUAAGACACUUCGCACUAUCCUUUCUUCUGUCACACACAACGGCAAACAGGUGUGUGACUUUUCUCUUGAACCCUGUUCUCGGUGCGUGUUCAGAAGUGUCUGCAUGCUUGCUUGUGAUGUUUGCUGUCAUGCUGUUCAUUUACAUUGGAAAGAAGUAUAUUAUUUGCCUCUUUAAAUCCUCUUGUAAUCAUGUUUGUGUCUCAUAGUUGGUCCUGACGGUUGGCCUGUUAGCGGUAGUCGUGUAUCUCUAUACCGUUGUGGCCUUUAACUUCUUCAGGAAGUUCUACAACAAGAGCAACGAUGACGACACCUGGGACAUGAAGUGCAAUGACAUGCUCACUGUAAGUUAAGUUUGAAGAUUGACCGAGCACUCACACAUGAAAUCUCUCUUCUCUAUUCCCUCUAUCCAUCUUCUUUAUGUUUAUCUGUACUAUACAAAUGCAUUCACACUCCCCAUUUUCAGCCUUCUCAAAGUGAACGAUUCUGACAGUGAUCCCCACCACUGAAGAGGGAGCAGCCUCUUCCCUCAGCCCUUCAGCUUCAUUUUACACAACGUGAUGGACACAUGGAUGGAAAACAGCUCCUCAAACCUUUGCAUAGCGCUUUGUUUGGCCAUUCACAACAUAACCACCCAAACCCCCGGCUUUAUUCUAAUGUGGACUCAACUGUCACUCACACCAGCAGUAGAAAAUAAACUCUUCCUUGAAUAAUUCAAAGAAGAAGAUGAUAUUAAAGAAAAUCCUUGUUCAGACACUGUUUUUGCUAUGCAUUUCUUUUAUCCUAAAGUAAUUCCAGUCCUUUUCCUUUUACCCCAAAACAACAAACACCGUUUUUAGACACCUUACGUGCCAAAUAGAAAAGCUAUGUACCUCCAGAUAAACCAAAGACAUAAAGUUCUGUUCUGCUCAGCCUGUCUAAGAAAUAAGUGAGCCCAAAAAUCCCAAAAGGAGAUCAUCUGAAUUUUUCUUUCGGGUUCAGCAGUGAAGUUUUUAUUUGUUUUUGUCUGAAUUCGUUUGCAUCACUACCUCUGCCCUAUAUUCCAACAGGAAACUCUUGUGGGUGUUAUACUGUCUUAGUGGAACAAAAAAAGUUUUCAAAUACCCUCACCUGCUCUUUGUAACCAUGUUGAAACUGCCAGUUUGAAACUUUUGAAUAGCCCUGGAAAAGCAACCAGCAUGAAGAUAGGCAUGAAUAUAUUUGAAAUAAAUACUGGAAUUUGGAGUUGGAAGACACAAUACUGGAGCUGUACUUGAAAACUUAACAUGUUUUCCCCCACGUGUAUUCCCCUGUCAGAGAUAGCCAGAGAGAAAGGAGUCAGUCAUGUGUAGUUUGGGGAAGAAUGUCCUCAUCCUAAAGUCGAAGUCAUGACUGAAAAAUCAUCCUCUUUCAGUGCUACAUGUUCCACAUGUAUGUGGGAGUGCGCGCUGGCGGGGGAAUAGGAGACGAGAUUGAGGACCCUGCCGGAGAUGAGUUUGAAGUGGAACGUAUCGUCUUCGACAUCACGUUUUUCUUCUUUGUCAUCGUCAUCCUUCUGGCUAUCAUCCAGGGUGCGUCUCACACACACACUUGAAUUGUUUUACAAGUACAGCUCAGCUUGAGGAAAUGCAUUAUUAUGCACACCACACAAAUGCAUAUCAUGCACCUUGUUCACGAGAAGAGAUUUGAUGAAUUUUUCAUGCAUAACUGGAAAAGGAACAGAGUAUCUGUUUAUCCCCCCCGAGUCCUUGAAGUUUGCAAACACCUGUUAUUCAGAGACAAGCACAGCCAUGCACAUGUCAGUCUGUAACACAAACAGAGACUCAGACGCACAAUCUUCAACUUUUUCAGGAUUGAUAAUAGAUGCUUUUGGGGAGCUGCGUGACCAGCAGGAGCAGGUGAAAGAGGAUAUGGAGGUAGGACUUCACACAAACUUACCACUAAUGUUAUUGAUGUGAAGUGUCAAGAAAUUCCGAAUGAAUAACGUUGUUUAUUAACUUCAAAUAGUUUCCACUGUGCUGUCAGAUUUAGAUACAUAACUGAGAAUUAAAAGUUAUAGUCAGUUAAGCUUGAAGUCAAUUGUAUCCUGAGUAAUAAAUCAGAUUCCUGAUAUUUAAAAUCUUUCUCAAUCACAUUUUGAUCACAUGACAUAUAUGUCCUGGUGAGAUAAGCCCCUCUCUGUCUGGGUGUGUCUGAAGUAUUGACUCACUCCCUGUAGAUUGUACUUAUUACCAGGCUACUAAUAGAACAAAUAUGUAUAUUUUAAUAUGUUUAUUAUACAGGGUAUUACUUUGGAGAUUAUUGUAGAAUUUAGAAGUACAUCAUCUACUGAGAAAUAGACUGUUUUGUGAUGUCUGUAGCGGUGGUAAACUCUGCAGUCCUGAACAAACAGUCCCCAGUAAGCAUCAUUGUAGUUUGACAGCCUGUCUUUAACCAGCCUUUUGGCACUGACUCAGCCCACACCAUGUCUGUUUGGUGUUAACUCCAUGUCUGUCUUCUUAUACAUGUUGUUCUUUGUUGUCUCUUUUGACUAUGCCUGAUUUUCAGCACAAUUUUCUCUGUAUUUAUGAACAACUUAACGAGAUUCACCAGAUGCCUUUAUGGAGAUUGAUAUGAUUAGUGUUUAAAAUGACAGGAAUCAUUGAAUCAUAACUGUACAUGUCGUUCACAGCAGCAGUCCUUCAUCCAAAAAUAUCUUAAUAUAGAUAAUUAUUUUCUCAGCUCUUUCUGUUAAUAGGAAGAGCUUAGAAAACAAGCUCAUGGUCACUCAUGCUUUGCGUACGGAGGCGAUUGCACUUACUCUUAAUUAGAUUUCCACAUAUAGAAUUUCUUGGAGGUGUUAAACCUAAAUGGAGUGAAAUGCUUCUUUUGUUUGGAGACUGUUGAGUGGCUUUAUCAAACAGGUAGCCACAGGCAAACAUCUCUCAGCAGUAUCCCCCUUAAAGCUGCAACAGGUGCAAACGGCAGACCGUGCAGGGGGGGACAAGAAAGGUUAAAAGAGACUUUUUAUCUGGUCAAGCAGGCAGACAAUGAGCAAUGGGGGAGUCGUCAGAUCGACAAAUAUCCAAAGGUGUAAGAGCGGCAGGGAGAUAAUCAAAGACUGGGCUGCUGAGGUAACAAUACAGCACAGUGGUGAACUACCCUUUCAAAAUGAAGGGUACACAUGUGAUCAGUCAUUAGUGUUUCAGAGGCAAACUCGCUGCUCAGUUUCUGCCACUGUACAUCCACAGUGAAAGUAACAGAGCUGUUGUAGCACUGACAUCAAAACAGUCCUCGAGGGAAUAAAAAAAUAAAAAGUCAUUUAGUCAGGGGCUAAUGAGGCUCGAAGCUAACCAGGGCUGUGAAAUGGUAAUGACUGGUGUUAAACUUCAUAAUUUAUUCUCUUAAUUAUUAGCUUUCAACAUGUGCUUUUAUUUCCUCCCAGAGUAGAAUAUUUUUCAGCGUGUGUCCCAAGAAAUGAAUUAUGCAUUAACUCAGGCACUAAACAUUUUUUUGCUACAUAUCGUCGUAGAGACCUUUGGACGACUUCUCAGUAAAUAUGAAAAAAAAGGUGAUUUGACCGUUUAGUACCCAACAAAUGAUGCAAAUACGCUCAUGUGGGAGACACGAAAACCUGGCAGAGACUCGUGUGCUGCUGCUGCUGCUGCUAUUUACAUUAAAAGGCUCUCUGAGGAUGAACUGAAGAAGUGUUAAAGCUGAGAGGAGUUAAGCCACACUCAUCAAAAAGCAUAUCCCCCCUUUGGUCCUGAGGAUUUUAUUUCACUUGAUUUUUCUCAAAGGUACUCUGAGAACGUCAAAUCGCUCCAUGUCUAUUUUAUCUGCCUUUACAUUUCUGAAAUCUCUCCUCCUGCAGACCAAAUGUUUUAUUUGUGGAAUAGGAAGUGAGUAUUUUGAUAAAGUCCCUCAUGGCUUCGAGACUCACACUCUCCAGGAACACAACCUGUCCAACUAUCUGUGAGUGGAUUCAUGCCCCUUUGAUGCAUGCUGAAACACACAACUCCAUUUGUUGUCACCAAAUGACAAACAUUUGUCAUGUUACCUCUUACAGAUAAUAUGAUGUGCAAGUGUUUGCAUGCUCCACAAUAGCAGGUUUAUAAAAAAAAAAAUAACAGCACCUUACUAGUUACCUGGACUGGUUCUGUUGCAUCUUCUUGGGUUAUCAACACAGAUCUCCAGUUUUUCUCUUUGGCACACAAACAGCAUAAAUCACAUGUGUGAACGCACAGCUGAUCAGAGUUAAUUUAAUGGAUAAGAAAUGGUUAUUUGGGAGGUGCUGUGGCAUCGCAGACUGUUGCCACAUCAAUAAUUGCCAUUGGCAAGAGCUCAUUGAGCCUAAUUAUUAUGGAUUAUUCAACCUGUGUUUGCAUCCUCUGACUGAUGAAGUCUUUCCUGCUCAUUUCUUUGUGUGCAUUCUGAUUGUUCAACGCAACAUUUCAACAUGAAGGAAAAAAAGUUAACUGAUUGUCAAAAUAGCAGAUACCUCUUUGUUUCCCUUUUAAUUUGAAUACUAACAACUGUUUGCGUGAGCACCUCAGUACUUGGACUUGUGCACAGACUCAUGAUGUAAUGCUACAACUUACUACAGGAGUGUUGAUUCCUUUAUACCGAACACAAUAUGUGUGGGAGGUGUGUGGAUUACUACAGGGCUGCUACAUGAAUCCCUCCUCUGUUCCCUUACAGAUUUUUUCUGAUGUAUCUUAUUAACAAGGAUGAGACGGAGCACACAGGGCAGGUACUGUAGUCAUCUCUUUUGUUGUAUUUCAUGAAACAGUCAAAGUAGCAAACUGAUGUGCUCUUUUGAAGCUAAUAAACAACUCCUCUGUCAAUCUCCAAGUCCACAUUCCUCCAUGCGUCCCUCCACUGCAGUUUUCACUUGUCUCUGUGACCUUUUAAAUUCCAGCAUUUGCUAUGUCUGUGACAAAGCUGGAGUGUAACCUUUUCAGCUGAGAGAGAAUCUGUAUUCGCACUGUUUCUCAAAAACCCUAUCGGUACCAGCACCCUCAGUUAAUGAUAAUACACGUGUAAGGCAUUGAUUGUAAUUUCUGUUUUACUCAUAAAUAGUUGGCAGCAGGGGAGGCUGGAGUUUCAAAUAGCAAGUCUUCACUAGUCUUCACAACUUUGUCUAUUGAGCUUACCUGUAAUUAUCAGUUUCUCAGGGAGGCCUCUCAAUCAGCAUCACUUUCUCUCGCUACAUGUGAUGUACAUGAACUCUCCUAUAGAGAUCAGACUCAAUGUUAAGUAAAAACGAUAAAUACAUUCUCACUCAGGAUAUUUAGCCUCUCCUUUGUGACACAGUAUCAUUUUAGAAUAUGUGGUAAGAAUCUUAUUUAGACACAGAAAAUGAAAUAUGAACUUUUUAUCACAUUUAAGCAUUUUGUUCACCUGAUUUGGAAACCAUCAAAUUCUAUUUUUGCAUUUAUAUUUUACACAGCAUCCCAACUCUGGGCUGUGGGAUUAUACUGAAAAAGUGCUGGAAUUUUACCCUCACAGGCUUUCACCCCUGUAUUUUACUGAUUAGGUUCAGGGAGAACAGACAAGAUUGGCAUAACUAAUGACCCUGCGGAUAAAUUCCCACUCUGUUGUCUUUGCCAGGAAUCCUAUGUAUGGAAAUUGUACCAGGAGCGUUCCUGGGAAUUCUUCCCUGUGGGAGACUGUUUCCGUAAGCAAUAUGAGGAUCAACUGGGAUGA